GAGGUGCUAAACUAUGAAGCAAGCUCUGGAUACCCCAGGUAUGUUGGUCAUCUGGUUGAACAUACCCUCACGAUUAAGAUCAGACUGAACGGCUUCAUUACGCUGGCUAUCAACCUGAUAGAUUUCUAGUGACUCAAGCUAAAACAUGGUUGUUGUAUUCUUUUUAAGAGAGAACUUUAACUCUCCGUCGGGUGUUAAUAUUUAGUUUGUCUGAUAUCACAUUAGAGCUGACUGCUGUACAUGCAGAGUCUAUGUAUCACUUGUGUAAACCUGCACAGGAAACUGUCACCAUCACAACACUGCCAGGAUGAUAAUUGAGGCAGAUGCUCCGUGUAGGGCUGUCCCAGUAUAUCAGUAUUGAUGAUAUCUGUGUUUUUGGACCAAUGAAACAUUGAUUUGGUGCUACAAAACAAAAAACUGUUUUGUUGCAGUUGCUGCUGGUGAGUUAGCUGUAGCAUUAAUCUGAGUGAUGAUUACACACUUCUAAAUACUGGAAUUUGAAGACAUACCGUGAAACCAAAAACAAUGUUAGAGCUUGUGUGUCUUCAGGUUCACCAAUUCAACAUUUAUUCUUUCUUUUCUGUGUUUUGAUUCAGACCUGCUUGAAGAAGCUUAUAUUGCAAAAUAGGGCUGGGCGAUAAACCGAAUAUUUACAGAUACCGAAAUUUACGACAAUAACGUGACUCUCCACCCCAUCCAGACCAUAACAAAGAGGGAUGGACAGGUGAGGAGAUGGAGGACGGUUCAAAAGUUGGAUCGGCUGGAACGGUGGCUGAAGUAGACGAAGUUAAUGUGGGAGGGGGUGAGCAGCUUGUGGAGUAGUUAUCAUCCAUUUAUCGUUAUCGAGGUGAACUGCUCAAUGUAGCGUGAUAUUGAUUUGAAGGCCAUAUCGCCCAGCCCUACUUCCGGAAAUAAGGCAACCUAAACAAAAGACAGAAAAAUACUUUUUUUAAAAAGUGAGGUGAUGUCUUCUCCAAACAAGUUUCAGUAACAGGGAUAAAACUUGUUUGAUUUGGCGAGAUAUUGAUUAGAGAUACUGUCACGAGGUUAGUAAUGCAGUUGGUACAUACAUUUGAACAUUAAGUGAAAUUGUUGAUUACAUAACUUUCUUAGAAACUUACAAAAGAAACAGAUUUACCGUAGGGGGAAAAUGGAAGAUUAAUCACAUAUGUGGCAACUGAUUAACUAACCAUAUGAGCCUGUUAGUCUAAUGCAUUUAGAUUAUUUUCACACAUACAUGUCCCUUUCUGUGCGAGCAUGAAGCAGGAGGGGUAGAGGCCAUGAGGGGUCCUGCGGUUAAUGAUGCGUUCAGUUAUUGGUGACUGAUAAUGUCAUAUCAGGAACUAAUUGCCCGCACUGUUGCCUCAUUAAGCACAGCAUGACGUCCUGCCACGGGGCACUGGAUGCACACCUCGCUGCAAUCACUGCUCCUUCAAUACAUCCUCCGUUUUUUUACUCUUUCACCCCCUGCCUUGCUAUUCAUCCAUCCUCCUGUCAUGUUUUGCUUUUACGGUGUCUUUUAUGGGGCCAAAGUAGAGGCAGUUUUUCCUCAAAUUUAUAAAAGGAUUGGAUGACUGAGGUUUAGGUAUUUCACUUUCUGCUGGGUGAUUCUUUAUGACAUCCUCAAUCCCCCUCUUUCUUUAUUUCUCCUUUCAAUUUAUUAGCUUCCCCGGCAUUUUAAAUUCAUGUCUCUUUCUGCCUGUAUGUAUUCAUCCAUUUGGUAGGGCUUUUUUAUUUUUUUGUGCUCUCUCAAGUAAUUGGUCAGUUUCUGCUUUUCUGACAUUUGCAUUUCACUUUCAUUGCAUCUCUAUCUCUCCCUGCCUUCCUCUUUGCGGUAACCUUCACACCCCUGAUCUGGAGCAGUUGGCUUGUCUCCCCCGUUCCCUCUCCAUCUAUUCACCCUCUGUUUUGCACAUGCCCACUACCCUGCCUCUGGGCCACACGUUUCCUUCUCUCCCCCUCCUCUCUGCUUCCCCCCCUAACCUCUCCCCCUCUUUUAUUUAUGAGAAUAUGCUGAUGGGGCAUACCCAGGUAAAGAAAGAAUUUUUUCCACCUGAGUUCGAAAUAGAGAUUGAGAUAAAAGAAAGCUGCGAGAUUGCCAGAAGAGAGAGAGCACACAAUUAAUCACGAAUCUGCCAUUUGUCCUAAAAAGCAAAGCCAUUCAUCAAAAGCAGCGCAAAAAAGAGAGGAUGAAAGGAUGAACCAGGGAAGAAGAAAGGGGAGGAAAAUACAGUAUGUAUGACAUGAACUAUGCAGGAUCUAACUGGGUCAAUGGCAAAUAAUGUUCCUCUGUUAGUGCUGAGCUGAGCUCUGCCGCAGAGUUGGAGAAGCAGGCUGGUUUGAGAUCAGCGGCAGAACGGGAGAGUGAUUCAAUCUCAAGCCUUCAAAUCCAAUUGCAUGUUUCUAACACAAGAUGUAGUCCUGCAAGAGUGCACAAGAAAGAUGCUUAGCCAUUUUUUUUCCCCUCUGUGUAGUAUUCAGAGUGCACACUGGUUGCCGCAUUGACAUCAAAAGUGCCUUGUCAGAUACAUGUUUAGAGAGCUAUCUCUGUAUGCAGUACAACUUUACCUGGAUGCUGACGAUGGUUUGUUUCAUUGAUUUCAUAUACUUUCUUGUGCCGCUCUAAAAAUGCUGCAUACAAACCAUGAGGGGGAAAAAAAGAGCAGUACAAUUCUGCAGAGGAAAUUGCAUGUCAAAAAAGGAUCUUUGUGCCUUGUGGGGAAGCAUUUUCUCAGCAGAGAAAAUUUGGUUGCUGUUAAAGAAAUAUAUUUUCUCACUGACACUUCUCAACACUCCAGCUCAGCUAUCACUAGAGGGUUUGUACUCUCCAUAUGGUGAAAACUGACAGUACAAGAAAAGAGCUUUACAAAAGCACAGUAGCUGCAUGUUGUGGACUUUGUUGAACACAAUGGAAAUCAUCAGAUGGGAAGACAGAACCUUUUUCUCCACUACUUGUCAGAGUCUAGGCUGAACACAAGCCAGUUUAAAGGGAUAUUCAGGCGUAAAAUUGAUUUAGGGUCAAACACACCGUAACACCGAGUGAGACACCCCCUCCAGAGAUGAAUGUUGCCGAACACUUGCUUCUCUAGUUUUACCAACUUUAGUAACGACCGCAGGGUAGCAAUAUACAGCGGUCUAAGGAGCCAUAAACAAACCUCAACCAAAACGCCACUCUAUAGCCACAAAUAAUGCUCAGGGCGGCAGUAGCUCAGGAGGUAGAGUGGUUGUCCAAUAACUGGAAGGUUGGCGGUUCGAUUCCCCCCUAUCCCAAGUCUGUCCGUUGUGUCCUUGGGCAAGACACUUAACCCACCUUGCUCCCAGUGUGGGUCCUCCACUGGUGCAUGAUUGUGAGUGUUGUCUGGUGGUUGGAGAGGCCGUAGGCGCAAACUGGCAGCCACGUUUCCGUCAGUCUGCCCCAGGGCAGCUGUGGAUACAAAGGUAGUUUACCACCACCAAGGUGUGACUGUGUGAGUGAAUGAAUGAUGUAUCCAAUGUAAAGCGCUUUGAGGGUCUCUAAUAAAGUGCUAUAUGAAAUCUGAUGCAUUAUUAUUAUUAGAACAGCACCUAACUUCAUCAACAGUACAUAUAGGGUCCUAGCCACCAAACAUCUUUUUAACUUUGCCUGAUUCCUUUUGCAAAGAUACUAAACACAACUCACCUACUCUCUUCCAGCAGCUGCUUGAUUGUAGUGAGACCUCGGGCCAGUCCAUUAUGGACUACAGCGGGGUGAUGCAGCUCAAGGAAGAACAUUUAUGAUCAUUACUUCAUGAAAAUGCAAUCAGACUGAGACGCUAAGGUAGAAGAAAUUCUGCGUCUGCAGUGCAAAAUGAUUAUUAUGAUGAUUAUUACUUCAAGGAAAUGAUAAAGAAAUGAUCAUAAAUGUUCUUCCUUGAGCUGCGUCACCCCACUGCAGUCCAUAAUAGACUGGCCCGAGGUCUGGAAGAGAGUAGGUGAGUUGUGUUUAGUCUCUUUGCUAAAGAAAUCAGGCAAAGUUAAAUAGAUGUUUGGUGGCUCAUGCUAUGGCUAGGACCCUAUAUGUACUGUUGAUGAAGUUAGGUGCUGUUCUGAGCAUUAUUUGUGGCUAUAGAGGUUUGCUUUUGGCUCCUGACACUGCUUUGUAUUGCUAUCUGUCGCUGUUACUAAAGCUGGUAUAACUAGAGAAGCGAGCAUUCGGCAACAUUCAUCUCUCGAUGGGGUGUUUAACUCGGUGUUACGAUGUGUUACGAUAAUUUUACGCUGAAAUAUCCCUUUAAAACAACCCUAAAGACAAAGCAGGACCAAAAAAAAGGAGGGGUGGAGAUGUUGGUGGUGUGUGAUAGAGAGAAUAGGUGGAGCUGUGAGAGAGAUGGUUAAAGGGAGCUGAGACCAGGUGCCAUGCGGGGCAGAAGUUUGGGACGUGGCGUGCACUGAGAAGAAUAAUGCGCCCUGACAGAUCAGCACUCUCUGCCAACACGACCAAUGAUUCCCCCUAAACCACAGUGAUGUGCAGCGCAACAGCACCUGUGACACCAACUGCCACCCUGGGGAAACGUCAACAACUGGCCACCUGUUAAAAACUGCACUCACCAACAUCAAACCGCAUAUUUAAUCCAUUCAAUAUGUUCUGAUUGACGUCACAUGGAUAUGCAACAAGCUCCUCUGAAUUCAAAUGCGACUCAGACGCUCAGGGAAAAUUAGCGUUAUUCACAUUUUGCUCUUGUCUGGAUGGAUCCUGUAGCUGCUGAUUGAGAUGUAGUUACUCCUCUUGUACUUUUGAAAAGAGAAAUAUCAUGUUCUCCCUCUCGCUAAUAAAAAGCUGAAUUCAUUAGGAAUGAAAUGCCUCUUUCACUACCCUCACACUUUCUCUUGUUGAAGUGUUAUGUGGUUGUUGAUGACUAAUCUCUAUUUACAGAUUCCCCUUGAAAAGGUGGGAUCUGAAGCCAAGGUCUGGCAUUUUGUAUAGAUAGUUUUCUGCUUUCUAUUUGUAAUAUGUUUGUAGUCUGAGAAGUAUUAACCGAUCCAGCAUUAGCAGGUGUUUGCGUACGUAGAAAAAAAAACAGGAGAACAAAAGAAGUCAGAAUUUAAUGUGCCACAACAACAUCCCUGCUGCUGCUGCUGCUGCUGUCAGUGUUAAUCUGACAACAGUUUAUUUAUCCCUACAAAAAGAUGCCAGCAUGCAAAUUUACUAAACAUUGUUUUUCUUCAUCAAAAACUUCAACUUGGAUGACGAAUCUGCUUAUUGCUGUGUUUUCGACAACCAGUCAACACCAGAUGCAUCAGAAAUGAUUGAUACAACUACAAAUCAAGAAACAUCAAAACUGUCAAGUUCUUAUUCCUUCUCCUCAAAAUUGACAAGACUGAAUUUGUACGUUUGAUAAGUCUGUAUUAACUGUGUCAUGAUUUUAGUAAACUUAAAACCUGAUUUUAAAUGCCAGCUCAAGACCUACCUCUACCUCAGUCUGGCUUUUAACUACAUUUUUAUCAUCAACUUUUAUCUCUCUGUAGUUGUCAUCCCAGAAUUCUCUUUUAGUAUUUUUAUUUUUAAAUUUAAGAUGGCAUCUCCUCAGUGCGCAUAUUCCUGCCUUUACAAAAUAGACUUUAUAACCAGGUUUGAGCUCGUACAGCUCUCUCGUCUGAACACUCAGUGCUAGGGCUGGGUGCUAUGGGGAAAAAGUUUAUCAUGAUAUAUUUUUUCCAUAUCAGGCAAUAUCGAUAAAUAUCACGAUACAAAAAAAUCACUGGUCAAUCCUAAAUGUUCCCUGUUACUCUUAAAUGAAAUUUAACAGUGCUUAUUGGUAGCAUGUCUUCUGCAAUACAAUAAGCUACUGCACCUGUGAGGUCGUAAGGCGUUUCACUAGAGGAAGCGGACUGAAUGGUCAGUUCAGUGCGGCAUGGACUCGGACUCCCUUUUUUAUUGGCUAUUCGUAUCUCUACCAAUACAUGGCACAAUGCCGACUAUCGAAAAGCAUAUUGAUCAUGUUUCAUAUCAGUUUUGAGGGAAAUUAUUUUUUUAUGUUAUCAUUAUCGUUUUGUUGCCCAGCCCUACUCAAUGCACUUUUUAACUUCCCACUGUUGUGUUUAGAUUGCGGGGUUGGGAUGAGGGGUUAGGGAUCGGGUAGAGUUGGGAAUUCUUUCUUUCUUUUGUAUUCAUCUGUUUGUAAAGCACUUUGUGCUACUGCAUUGUAUGAAACGUACUAUACAUAUAAAGUUUGAUUGACUGAUUGAUUGAUUAAAACCUGUUAAUUGCAAGCAAAUAAGUGAACAGGUGCCUUUAUUGACCUAGUGGCUUAUAUCUCUACCAGAUGGGUUCCAAUAUGAUCCAAAAAGUCAGCACUUGGUACAUUACUUUCCCUGUUUCUCAGGCGUUUCCUGCAUGCACUGAUCUCUGCCUUAUUUAAAAUUAAAAAAAAAAAAAUCACUCAGCAAUUCAAGAUAUGUCUGCAACCGGUAUCAAGGGAUGAACUGCUUCUUUGAUCUUUAUCAGAAAAUCAAUGCGAUUCCUCGUCUUGUGUGGCGCCAAAUGUUGAAAAAUUCAUCAUGUGGCAGAGCUACAGUAUGUAAAUGGAGGUUUACUUAAUCUCACAGCUAAUGGCUGGCUGAGAGACUGGGGAGGCUGUGGUCAGACACUUAAUGGAAAACCUGCACUGCUUUGUGCUGUCGUAAUGGGAGGAGAUUAUCUUGCCAUGCAGAGGGAGUGGAUGAAUGCUCCUCCACAAAUUGGUCGUACCCUGUCCCUCCUUCCAGCCAAUCUCUCUCUCAUUAUGGAUGUUUAUUAUUUAUAUUAAACUCACGAGUCACAUUUUAUUCUUGCCAUGGCGACGUGGAGGCUGAGGGACAUAUGGCAGCUAGGUGAAUCUAAUGUUUGUUCAUGCAUUUAAAUUCUCCUCAACUUUCUUUUCAUUGUUUCUCAUGAGGUACGUUGUUUGUAUGUGUUUUGUGUAUUUUGAAUUUUUCCAUCUGUAUCUCUUUCUUCAUUACCAUAUUGCACUCUUCUGAUUUGAAUCUCCCAUCCUUGUAUUUUUGGAGUCUUCUGACUAUUAUUUACUUCUGUCAGGUCAUGGGCAACACCACAGUUUGAAAUAUCCAUCUGUCAGGCUACCGUGUGUUUACCCCUGAGAAAGAUCAAUAGUGCUGUGCCAUAGCCCAGACUUCAUUUUUCAAGCACAAUUAAUUGUGUUUCUUCCUCAAAACCGUCCCGGACACGCUAGACGAGGCAAAUCCUUGUGGUUUGGUGUCACAGUGAGUGGUGUCAAUUAAGCCCAUGCCGGUCUGAUUUAAUGAUUACCUCGCUCACCGCAUUGUCAAAGAGUGCUUAUGAUGUUGUCACCUUUCUGUUUGGAUAUAACAUUGAUUGUGUGAGUCAUUGAGGUCAUGUCUGAGUCCCCACUCAGCUAAAUUAAGACAUAACCUGCAACAUCAUCUCCUUGCCCACGUAUUAGCAUUUUCCUUAUUCAUACUUGUUGAUUUAAACAGGACUUAAAGGUUGAUGGCAGGAUCUGAGGAAGUGCCAGUCUUUGGGAGGGGUAGUGUUUACAUUCAAGGUUUCUCCCAACCAGUUUUCCCCUCAGCUCCUCCUCUCCCCUCCCUCUCUGCCCCAGCAAGCCCCGCCCACAAACAGAUGCUCCUGCUCGGUCGUAUAGUUUCGAUUAAAUUCAGAUAUAAUGCAGAUAAAUACUUUAGAUAAUUACAAAUGGGGCCCAGUCAACGUGAAAGUAAAAAGCAUUGGUGCUACUGUAGAUGCCAACAGACUACCAGCAAACACAAUGUUUGCAGGACUUCUUCAACUAGGAUAAAGUGACAUAGUCCAGGACCCGAGGUAAACAGUUUAAUGGCGCUACAACAUGCAGCAGGUCCAGUUUGACAAGAAACUCUUCUGUUACAGACACUCGGCUUAUUUUGUUAAAGCGGUUUACCUGUCCAGCAGAAAGGUUACAGGGUCCGUAAGAUCCCGAAGCGUCUCCAUCGUUUAUGUUGACCCGGCCUCUUUGCUCUUGUCCGGUCUACCUCCUUUUUAAUCACCCGUUAUUCCGCCAGAGUCUCUGGUAUUUAUUUUGUUUUAUUGCUUGUGUUUUCCGUACUUUCUGGUUGGUUUCUACUGUCUGAUCUUGUAGUACGCUAACUUUGUUUGGGCUCGUGAACGUUACAGGAGGACGUGGAGCGUGCCUCACAACAAGAGGGAGCAGCGUCUGCCUCGCAACUAAUCAGGUUGGGGGAGGCGGAGAAUGGCUUUGUUUACAAUUAGAGAGAGCGGGCCACCAAAAAAAUUUUAAAUGUUGACUACACAGACAUUAUAAAACACAGCAAUAUUGUUAUUUUACCAAAUGCCAUCAAUAACUAAUAGCUAUUGACUGAUAUUAAAAGCUUUUUGUUUAUACACCUCAAAAAAAGGUGCUUCUGCCUAUCCCACCUUUAACUUGGGUGAGACUGCCAUCCAAAUAUGCAAAAAGUCCAGAUAAGCUGAUGUCUGAACGCAGUAGGAAAUACGUUUUGUUGUCAUGCUGGCAGUGCGAACCUGGAGGAAUAAUAUUCAACAGGGUGAAUAAAAACAUUUGAGGCUGAAAGAGAGACGACAUUUCAGGACAAGAUCAGCAAAGCAAACAGUUUGUGUUGCUUCAUUUAAAAAAAUCCUUCUCUGUAAGCCAGCCAUGGCUUUAACAUGUUGAGACAAGGGCUCUCCUUGUAAAGUACUGUGUGUCCUUUGGAUGCUCAGCUGCACUGAGAGUGUCUGAGAGUUUCACUGGUCAGCAGGUCGGCUCGGAGAGCUCUGCUGCUGCUGUAUGAUAGCAGCUGCUGCUGUUAUGGGUCGAGGAAGUUCCAACUCUUGCACGUACGCUUUAACACAUUUUUACUUUUUUUUUUUUUUUUGUUCUAUCCCCAAAAAUGAACAGCUGUGUACAGACCAACAGCAUGAAACCCAUUAAAAGGGCUCUGUCAUCUUCCAACAAGGACAGAGGUGCACUUUAGCAGCACUCCUGCAUCAAUUUUAAGCCACUUAAAGCAUGUAGCCCUGUGAGUAUAAAGCACCUAUUUAUAGAUGGAUAGUUCAGCAUUGGUGGACUGAGCAUUCAUUUAUCUCAUUUCAAUUCAUUAAGUGCUCGUGUUCCCUUUGCAAAUUAAUGAAUAUACAGGGUAAUGGUCUGUUAACACAAUAUUGAUGAUGUGAUGCUGAUAGUUAAGAGAUGCCCAAAGUAAAUCAAAGUGCUUGUAGAUAGACGAGCACAUGCAUUUGCACUUGGAAACUCCCCUCCUUCCUGAGGCUGACCAUUAAUUUAAUAGACCAGGGUUGUUGUUCAUCUGUUACACUUCAACCGUGGAGAAUUAUAUUGCUACCAAUUAGUGCUCUGAUGGUUUUCCAGACAGUAAUAUGUCACUGAAAUGUUAUGCAACCUCCUCCAUCAUGAGCUGUAAAUAAAAGAGCCCUCCUGCUGUAUUUGACAAUUUGUAGCUCAUUUUCAUUCUGCUUGUUUUAUUUAUUAUUUUUGCUUUGUUUACCGUCAUUUCAAUUAGAUUUUCUCAAUCAUCCAUCUACAUUUCUGCAGAGUUCAUUUUAAUUUAAAUCACUUAAGAAGAGGUUUUUUUUAGAUAUUGUUAACCGCAGUUAUUUUACUAAACCCUGCAAGCGCUUGAUAUCACCACUGAUCUCCUGAAAUGAUUUAAUUUCACUUCCAAAAUUCUCAAUUCCCUUUGUUAAGAAAGCAGACGAAGAAUUAGAAUGGUGUGUGUUGUUCCAGCUGCCAUGAUAGUAAAAGCCCGUUGUCUGCGCACUAUACCAGAACUUCUGCACUAAAACCAUUUAGUACAAAAAACUGUACCUUUACACCCCUAAUCGACAGGGUCAACCUAGCUUGUUUGAAGAACCUCCAACCCAAAUGUCAAAGCUUCUGAGGAGCUGUUCAGUAUGUGUUGAUUUCAGCACCACCUGUGGACAAUGUAGUCUUUAUUUGUCACAUCCUCUACAUGCUAAAAAGUAAUGUUUUCUGACUAAAAAUCUCAUCCUGCUUUCUUUUGGAAGUCAAAUGUACCAUUAUUCUUGAUAUCUAAUGUAGAAAUGGAAAGAAAACAGGCUGUUUCUGCAUCUGCAGGGCUACCACCUAACCCUCACACUAAUUUCAGACAUAAAUAAUCGAGAUGUAAAAAUAACGAGUGUGUAUAGGCAAGGACCUCAUAAUACGAUAUGUAUCACGAUAAAUGUGUCACGUUACGAUAUGAUGCAAUAGGGUGUGUACUGGCAAGGACGUCACGCUGCAACAUGUAUCACAAUAAAGUAAUGUUGCACUACAUCCCAGUAUUUUACAUAGUUAACCUAGUCAAAAAUAAAAAUUGCCGUACCUAUACAUCAAACGGUACUGUUCCAAGAACAGGCUGAGUCAAAACCUUUUUCAAACAACAGUCACAUUUAUUUGAUCGCAAAACGAGGAAUGAUGGCUGCCUCUAUGCUAAUAUCUUAGUGUGGUGUCUUGUUAGAUGAGUUCGUAAGUUGUUCAUAUUCCCACAGUACUUCACAGCAGCGGAACAAAUCUCACAAACAGCAUUUUCUUUCAGAGUUGUUGUUCUUACUCCCACUUUUAUCCUGGAAGCCAAAGUGCUUCCAAAUGUUGGCUUUGAAUUGUGACAGCGCGUUUUUUUUUCUGUCCGUCAUGUCAGCCCCAGCUUUCCUUGGCUUCUACCACUGCCAGAAAUGAAGCAGCACCUCACUGCGAAGUUGUUCUUCCGCGCCAUCUCCUGGACUGGAGGUACAGAAGUCAUAUUUUAUUCACAACCCAGUGAAAGCAUUGAUACUUUUUUUCUCUCAAAAAUCAAUAUCAGCCGGUUGCGCACUUGGCCGAGUGGGUUAGCACAGCGUAACCACGGUCCUUGAAGUGGUCGCGGGCUCGAAUCCGGCCCCGACCAUGUGCUGCAUGUCCUCCCCCCUCUCUCUCUAUCUCCUCACACUUCACCCUGUCCUGUCAAUAAAAGGCUAAAAUCAUCCCCAAAAAAAUUUGAUAUUAGGAGUUGACAAAUCCCCUAAUAUUCCGGAUCGAUCAUUUUUCACACCCCUAGUAAAAUGGCUUUUCUUGUCACUGAUGGUCUUGUCUGCAUUUAGGAAUCAUGAAAAGACACCAAAAUGAAGUUCAGUCGAUUUCAUAAAUGUGAAAAUAAAACCUCAUAAGAUCAUUGUGUGCAUCGUACUCUGUCCUUUCCUGUGAAAGGAAUAUAAUAUGAUCAUAUUGUCAUUGAAAUAUAGAGAUUUCAAUACAUUGUUGGUGUUAUCACUGAAAAACGUCUUUGAAAGACUUAAAGGUUACAGUACUUUAUUCUGUUAUGCUGCUGCUUAUGUUUGGGAUAAAUUACACACCAAAUAGGUAUAAAUCCCCGUAAAACCUCUUAUAAGAAAUAUGCAAAUGGAGUAUUAAGGAUUUGCGAUCUGUAUGCUUUGCGAAAGGCUGCCUAAGGACCAAUUACAGACGAUGUAUGAAGUCCUUAUCCUGGUUGUAUGAUUUCGACAUUGCCUUGAUUCAUCAUCACCGUGUCCAUCAGCUCUUUAUUGCAGUGUCACCCAUCACAUUUCCACAUUAUUGAUGUGUUUGUUUCAUUUUAUCACUCAGGCAGCCGUUACUAUGAAGGCUGCCACAGUUGGAUGCGUGCAGACAAAACACACACACACACAUAUACACACACACACACACACAGCACUUGGCUGAUAUUGUCCAUAGUCAUAGCCAACACAAAGUGAUCUAGCUGUGUGAUUGUAUGGCUGGCUGUGUUCAGCUCAGUCAACACAUUGAAUUUAAUUUCCUCUCUCUGUCCUUCGGCUCCGGGAUUUCUGUUUUCAUCCCAGGGAGAUAUUUCCAUUUGUUUGUGUUCAGUUUCCUCACGCCUGUUUUUCUCUAUAUAUUCUAAUUUUAUUUAUACGCAUGCUCACCUGUCCAUGCUUUGUUUGCAUUGUACUGUUUUGAGCUGGUGCCUUUGUGAUUGUAUGUUUGUUUGAUUCAUGUCAAUUUUCUUCCUCAUCUGUCUGUCUGUCUUUCUCUGCUUGUCUGUCUGUCACUUUCUCUCUCUCUCUCUCUCUCUUACACACACACCACCACCUGCAAAAUCAUCAAACACACACACACACACACACACAUACACACGCUCAUCUGUUUCUCACAGGUUUUCCUUAAAUCUCCCCACUCCUGUGAAAAUGUGAGUGACAGCUCGACAUGCACAGUCCGCAACCAACUGAUGGGGAUUUUAACCAGAUACGUCACAAGUAGAGGGAAAGGGGGCGAGGGAGGGAGGGAGGGAAGGAGAGGAGUGGAGGAGAGCAAACGAAGAGACAGAGAGAGAGAGAGAGAGAGAGAGAGUGUGUGUACAGAGGGAUAUAUUGACUCAAAGCUGGUCUGCAUGCUCCUCAGUGUGUGAGAAACAGAGGACAUGAGAGCAGGCAAGAUGGAGUGCUGGCACAGAUGAAGACUGUCCCCGGGUACGUUUUUUUUUCCUCUCCUUUCUUUAGAUGUGUGUGUGCGCACAUGUGGCAGCGUGUGUGAGUGUCUGCAUGCCAGAUCCAGUGUAGGCGAUCUGAGUUUGAGAGCAACAUGCUGCAAGUGAUCAUCCUUGCGCAGGGGAAACAAGCGUUGAGCGUUAAGGUUGAAGCCGAACAUCCGAGUAAAUGAAUGGAGGUUACUAAAAUGGAACAAGCUGAUUGGGGUCUGUAUCCGUGUGUAUCGUGUACCGCACAUGUGUGUGUGAUGAGGACAGAGUCUGAGCACCGUAACUCAGUGGACCGAGGAGGGAGGCAUGUACGGUAAUGCAAGUUUGGAGCUGAGUUCAGUCUCACUCUGUUUUGAUAUGACUGAAAGCUUGAGCAUGUUCAGUAUGUAAACAUGUAUGAGAAGGAAGCCGUCAGUAUGGAUCACAUUCUCAUAGAGGUCGGUAGUGAUGGGAACAAAGUGUGUCCGCCGAAAUUAGGGAGGUAGCGCAUCACUUUUUGUGCUCUGUGAUUCUGCCGUGCCAUCGACAAACAGACACUUAACCAAGAGGAUUCACCUUUUUUCUAAACCUGUCCUCCCACAGGUUUGACUGCAUUUUUCGUCUCCAAAUAUGAGUAGAAAAAUCUAGAGUGAAAACACUAAAAGUCAUUAGCUGGUUGGUUUAGACAUUUGCUACUAUUUUCCAGAGCAUCCAACUAUUUUUCCUGCAAAUGUAACUUAUACCCUGUUUCAAGCCUCAGACAUGGCAGGUUGUUAAACGUUUAAUCUUUUAAACUGUCACUGUCAAAGCAUCUUAAGUAAAUCAGAUAGGUCCCAGGAAAGAUACAGAAAAUCAGCAUUUUUUUCUCUGACAAGUAAUACCCAAACAAUAAAUCAUCUUACCGAGAAAAGGAACAGAUUGAGCGAUAAUGAAAAUAUCAUCCUAAUUAGUUUAGCCCUGGAGUCAAGACUUUGAUUUAUGAGUUUUCAAAGCAACACAAGAAAAAUAACAGGAAACUGAAUAAGCUAUUUAUUUGUGACUCCAUAACAGAUGCAUUAAUCAAAAGCUGGAAGAGCGACAUUAUUUCACUCGGGACGUAGAGUAGGCUUAAAAUCAAAAUCUUACCUGAAGUUACAGAGAAGCACAGAGAAAUUACCCACAGUAAGGUGACUCUAAGUGACUUGCAUCCUUAAAUGACCUGUCUAUGUUUGUAUUGGUAAUAUAGUUGUGUCAUGUAGUCAAAGGCAGAAUAAGUAGGAUUGGGGGUUGCAGUCUGUAAACAAAACUAAUAUAUGACUCCUUUUGUUUGGGUCAGUGUUUACAGCCUCUGCAUGGAUGUGUCACUAUAGCUAGUCCCCUGUGUAUUUAUGGAUCAAUAUAAGGGGAUUAUGACGGGGUUUAGGUGCAUUAUUCUUCUUUAUGAAUUGGUAAUAAAAUUCCUUUCACUGUGCAUUAUCUGGCUUGUUACACUCGUACUUACAAACGUCUGUUGCUUUUUCAUUAUGAAGGGUUUAAUGUACUCUCAGCUGGUUAUCAGUGCCCAUGUGUUUCCUUCUGCACUGGUCUUCAUCCCUUGGCUGUUAGACUACCACUGAAAAAGACAUCAAUAAAUUGACACUGAAUACUGAUUUGGAAUUGAUUUUUCAUUUCAACAGUUUAACAGUUUUCUGCCUUUCACUAAAAAUGUAUUUAUUUAUUUUAAUGUUUAUUUUACAGGGACAAUACAUACAACAUUGCCACAAGAAAUGGAAAAUGUGAUGCAUAUAAGACGACUAGCUUCAGCUAAUGAUCGAUUGGAUCUUACAGGUUGUACUGGGUGUGUUCAAAUUUUCCAACUAAGAAGUCCAAAUGUUAAAAAACACCCAGAAAUAGGUAGAAAAUAAGUCUAACAGGUAAAGAGCAUCAUGCUAUUUUGCAGAAUGUAGCUAACAAUAGCAGAGCUAGCACCUCCUUUGGCCCUCUUUGCAAGUUAACUGGUUUAUCUGGUCAAGCGGCUCUGUGCCAGUGUAACCAGACAAAAGUUUUAUUCUCUAUUUUCUAGAUCAAAUUACCGCCAAGCAGCUUUGCACUAUGUGAUACCAUCUGUCGUCUUGUCUGAAUCUGGGUUACUGCCCUGGGAAGUGGCGGGUGGCUGCACUACAGCUUAGAUACAACAUAUGACCGGCAUUUCAGGCCAGCAGUAAUAAAAAUAAAUUGUCCACCCAACUGCUUGCUCUGCUGCCCGUUAGCAAGGAUGACGAUUAAUAGUAUAGUCGAUAAGAAACGUUCAUCACUAGUUGGGCCGCCUCAGUAGAAAGUAAAUAUUGUUGGCUCCUUAAAGUGAGACGACUUUGCUGAUAUAACGCACAAUAAACCAAUUUUCAGGGUGGUUUUUUUUUUCCCUUUUCAGUUGGCUCUGAAGUUAGACAAGGUAAACAAGAGUGCAUGAAUCAGUACAGAACCUUAGAACGACACUAUGACUGUCUACCUUUAACCAGAAUGGGUCCUGCUUUGGUUCUUAAACUCAGUCUUGUGCUUCAAGCUGUUUUCUAUUCUUUCCUACCACUCAUAAAGCGUAUUCACCACUCCUUACAACCACCCAUUCACACUCUAAUCAUACACUGAUUACUAAAGGAUACUAACAGGGGACCAUACGUACGAACAAAUCACAGUUGCUGACUCUAUGACUGGGAGUAAAUUGGGACCCAUGGUGUCCAUCUCAGAGUUGUUUUUGCGUAUGAUUGUGGGAGCUUGAAUCAAACCACCAACCACUGAUUGAGAGACCACUGACCACUGAUUUGCUUUGCAGAAAUAGUAGACCUCAGAUUAUUGAUCAUUACUGUACUAUAAAUGACUCAAACAACCUAACACCCACUUCCAAGAGGUUGGUGUGAGGAGUCCCCGAAAAGAACAAAAUGUGAAAUACAGGCCGAAUUCGUCAGUGUCUUAUUGCCUCGCUGUAUGUGUUAGGCGAAGAUUCUUUAAUUUGACUUUAAUAGUUAAAUCUGGGACAGCACCAGCAAACAAAUUGAAACACCGCCGUGUCCCAGUUUGAAGUUCGUUCCUGUGAUCACUGAAAUCAAACUAGAACGUAAUAAAACGGUACAGCGGCAGCGUGGGAGUGCGUAAGAGGAAAUCUGUUUUCUAUCUCUCAUGAUGGCUGCAGGGGGAAACGGAAGGAUAGGGUUUGGCUUAACGUGGUGAGAGUUUGGUUACAGUUAUUACACUUGGUUUGACAAAUAUGGUAAAGAGGCUUCCAGGAGCAUUGUGUAAAUAUCGCUCAGGGGGGGUUUGCAGAUGUGAGAGGGAAGAGUGAAAGCAAGAGAUAAGAGAAGGAUUAGAGAGAAGUGCAGAUACACAAUUGACAUCACUUGUUCAUACUUUACUGCACUGCAUUUGAAUAUUAAUUUGGUGUGCUGACUCGAUGUGUGAGUCACACUUGAAGUGCCAAGGGUUCUGGCAAAUUCUAUUUGGGCUUUUUGAAAAGUCAGGUUUGCAUCAGCUGAUGGGAGCAGGCGCAUAUUUCAGUUUUCUCCAGGAGGUUUCAGAUGUGCCGUGAAUUUUAACGUAUUUUAACUAGAGCUGACCCCUGCUGCUGCUGCUGCUGCUGCUGCUGCGAGAGCGAACAAAGAGGGAGAUUUAGAAACUCAGGAUGUGACUGUUGUUCUGUUUUUCUUCUCCAGUUCUGAGCCUCUUGUUCCCCCCCUCUGCUAUGUUCCCAGCUUCUCUUUGUCCUUCCUUAUUUAUUUAUUUCUCUCUUCGUCUCACCCCUUCAUUUCCAUCCUACAGCCCUGUUCGACAGUCCACAUGAGCGUCUCAAAACCCCCUCCGCCCCCCUCCACCUCCCACCUCGCCAUCCCUCCCUCCUCCACCUCUACCUCUUCCUCGUCCGCCUCCUCCCCUUCAGCAACGGCCCACUCCACCACCCUCCCCCCUCCCUCACCGGUCAAGAUCUCUAUGCAGGAGCACUUUGCCAUCAACGUGUGCCCAGGCCCCAUCCUCCCCAUCCCGCAGAUCUCAGACUUUUUCCCGCGUUUCCACGACUACCCUUGCACCCCUCCGCCUCCGAGGGAGAAGAAGAUCCUGAAAGAGGAGACAUUCAACGGGGAGACAGUUGGAGGAUACAAGGAUGGAGAGAGGAGGGAGAGCCAAGAUGGAGAGAGGGACGAGGCUGUCGACUCUGAUGAUGAUGACAGUAAGUGAAGGACAAAAAAAAAAGGGAACAAAUUUAAAGGUGGAAAAGUUGUGUUCAGCUUCACCUUCUGUGUUUAUUCAUUUGAGAGUUACAAGUCAGUGCGGCAGAAAAACAACCCAUCCAAUCUUGAAAAACUUUCCUCGUCAUCUCUUUCUACCUAACUCAAAAUGAGAUUCUGCACUUUUCCCCCCCCAGAAGCACGACAUAUGCUCGCAGAGUAAAUGUAGAGUCAAGCAGUUUGCCAAAAAGUGUGUGUCACUCCGACUUUGUGUGACACAGUGCCUCUGAUGAUUUAUUGGACAUUGUUGCAAAAAGCGGGGCCUGGCCAGCAAGUUUCUGCUCAUUCUCCCAAACAGUAAUCAAACAGGACAGAUCAAUUCAUAUUAGGCACCGGCAUGUUUUUUUAAGAGGCCAUCUGCUACAAAUAUGACUCAGAGCUUUUGAGCGUGUGUGUGUUUGCAGUGGGGUGAGUUGGUCCUUUCACUGACAGCAAUUACAAUUGUUUGUUGUUGUUUUUCUUUCGUCUUCAGCCUACCUGGGAACGUUGGAGUUCACUCUACUCUUUGAUCAGGAGAACAACUGUCUUCAUUGUACUAUUCACAAGGCAAAGGUAUGUAUCAUUUCAAUCUCUCUUUCAUUAAAAAAAGAGCUUUUCUAUUCGUCUCUGCGUUCGCUCGUACGUGCGGUUGCGUAAUCCUCCUCGCAGGCCCAAUAAAAACAACUCUCUUGUAAUGCUUUUAACUUUGCACAAGACAUCAGACAGCUUUUUCCUAAAGUAACGCAUCCGACCGCACACCCUCAGCAAGCUUGUCAAUUCAAGACAAAUCAUCUCAUUGCUCUUCGAAAUGUUGGGGGGUGUUGCUUCCACAGAUGCAUUUGUUAUGUCCGUUGCACAAGGACACCAGCCUUGCAUUACACAUUGUGUAUUGUCACAUGAUGUUAAUUAUGUAAAGCUCGUCUAAUGGUUCCCCUGAGGACAACACAAAGGAGUCGAGAAGGGGGAAAAAACAGCAGGAAGGCAAGAAACACCCAGAGGCACUUUACAGUCAUAACUACAGUAGAAGAAGUCUGUGUCUUUUGCCAACCCUGUCAGCUGUGUGAAGUGUUUGAGGCCACAAUGAUGUCACUUUUAGCACAUUGUGUGAGUGUGUAUCUUUGUGUGUUUCUUCUUGUGUCUACAGGGACUGAAAGCCAUGGACUCCAAUGGGCUGGCAGAUCCAUACGUCAAGCUUCAUCUUCUCCCUGGGGCUAGCAAGGUCAUUACUCCAACCUUACCUCACUGGCAAUUAAUGUAACAUGCUACCACACUGGGCUGUCCCACACACUCAUUCUGCCUCAGGAAAGUCCCACAGCACAUAGAAACUGCGAGCGCAAUUAACAGAAAAUGGGAAACAUUUCAUGCAUUAUUCAGCUAAAGAAAUAGUAGUAAAAUAGUUGUUAAUAGUCGCCUCAGGUUCUUGAGCUAUGUCUGUUGAAGAGAAUGAAAAAAAUCAAUAGCUCUCACAAAAAUUAGGGAUCCUUUUGAGACAUUUUGCAAUGCACAUUGCAGUUGGUUACUGCUUUAUUUCAUCUCAUUUUGACAAGGGUGCCAAACAGCCCCAUUUAAAGAGAUAUUCGGGCGUAAGAUUAAGUUAGGAUCCGUAAUACUGAGUUAGACACCCCGUCAAGAGAUGAAUUUUGCAGACCGCUUGCUUCUCUAGCUAUACCAAUUUUAGUAACAGCUGCACGAUAGCAAUACAGAGAGCCAUGCGCUCAACCAAAACGCCACUCUAUAGCCACAAAUAAUGCUCAGAACAGCACCUAACUUCAUCAACAGGACAUAAAGGGUCCUAGUCAUAGUAGUAGUCACCAAACAUCUUUCUCGCUUUGCCUAAUUUCUUUAGCAAAGAGACUAAACACAACUCACCUACUCUCUUCCAGCAGCUACUUGUUUGCACAGUGACCUCCGGGCGAGUCCAUCGACUUUUUGAUAACUAUAUUUUGGAUAUAUUAAAUCUUUUGUUUCAAAUAAAUCUAAAAAACUGUUUUCUUUAGAGACAGCUGACAUCAGCAUCAGCAUGAAAAGAGGCAGAAGGAAGUAAAAACCAGAUCCUGUCCUGACAAUAUCAGAUAAUUCAGAUUUUUGCUUUUACUUUUGUAUUUUUACCCUUUUUGUCCACUUCAACUUUAGGUAUUUAUUACUGAUCAAAUGAUGUGAUUCUAAAAUCAUUUCAAGUUCAUCGUAAUGUCAUAUAACCACAUCUCCUCAUAACUGUUGAAUAGUAAACAGAGUCUACUCAUACAGUUAUUUUCUUCUGAAUAGUCCUGACCCUCCUCUCUACAACCAUUCACAUCGCAUUUGUACAUUGCUGGCAUCAAGUGCCCAGCAGUAUUAAUUAAUCUCAUUCAUACGCAUUGACAUUGACACACCACUUGAUUUGCUACCUGAAGUAAUACAAGCGUAUAUUAAGAGCUUGGAUUGAACUGCCAACCCCUGGUUGACUACCACUGAGCCACACUCGCCCUGUUGGUUAUAUCUAAUCGUAGUAGAACUAGUACAAAAUAAACCUCAGUAUUUCCACUUUUUUAUCCUUCAUAUGAUCAUCUUACCUUCGUUAUGGGAUGAUGAGGGUUAUCAUUCAUGUUUUGAUGACCAGACAAGUUUUGAAACAUAAUUGUUUGAUUUUAUUGAUUAGAUAAAUAAAAGCCAACAAGACAGACUCAGGAGAUAUCCAUAUAUGGAGAUUUACAAAAUUUAGUUAAGUCUUGGUUAAUAUUUUUAAUGAGAUAUAACAAACAAUAAUCCUGGUGCACCAUGCACCAAGCUUUAUUCAAAUAAGAAGCAUUUGGACAUGCACAGACUCGUCAAAUUUUUGCUAAAACAACCACAGAAGAAGAGUUGUAUUUCCGCCUGUGCUGUCAACAAACCAACAAAGGCGGUAGUGACUUACUCCAUCCGGGACAGAAUUUUCCCCUCCGCUCAGAAUGGACCUCAGCCAGGUUCUGAGAGCGGCUGUAUUACUCCUAGCAUACUUGAUCAUUAAGUGAAUCCUGCAUUACAUGAGGAGACUGUAUCCAGCAAGAAAGUUGUGUCAGACACAGACCAGCUGCUCUUGGAUCCUGCCUUGUUUACAUCUUGUCACAAACGGCGGUAAUGUGUCACGUUGACGUCGGACACACACGCGCAGUUGGAGUAGUUUUGCCCCAACAGAGAGUCACGAUUUGAAUAAGUGUUUAUGUGGACGCGUUUCGGAAUAACGAUCGACAUAAACCGCUCCUCUUGGAAUGCAACUUCUUUCUGAUUGAGCUGAAACGGAUCAGAAUCUUCUGAUCGACGUGUUUACAUGACGCAUUUUUAUUCUGAUAUGGCCUUUAUUCUGCUUAUUUCUGCCCAUGUAAACGCAGCUGUUGUGUCAGAAAUUAAACCUACUUCUCCUCAGAAAAGACCCAAUACUCCUGUUAUUUUAUCUCAGUCUGCUAAUUUGGGCCAGCAUCAGCCUGGGGCCGAACACCCACCUCUUGGGGUUGGCGCCAAGAAAUGUCCAGAACAUAAGAUAAGUAAGAAAACACAGAAUGAGGGAUCUGGAUGUUUUCUAUGUCUCCUGCCUCUAAGAAACUUUUAAAUAAGGUGAAUAUCCUCGUCUCUCUCAAACACAAAAAAAGUCCAAAACUCUUAUAUGAACUGUGUGUCGUUUCGAGCUGUUGAGCAGGGCACGCUGUGGCUGGUUAGUGUUUAAUGUGGUCCGUCCAUCGCUCUUGCUUUAUUGAGCACAAACAUGUUCUGGUCUGCUGCACCACUCUUGUCUUGUUUUUUAGCAGCAGAGGAAGAUAAGCCUCAUCUCAGUGUUGCAACCCCAAGCUCUGCCAGAAUGCAACCUGUUGUCAGCCAUUUUGGCUCAAGGUUGAAAUAAAACAAGGUUAUGAUAAGUGCGGUGAGGGCGCCGCACCAGGAUAGGGUUGAAUGAGGCAACUGUCUGAGGUCUAAGGUGCUCACAAUAGCAGUGUCUGGAUUUUUUUAUGUCCUCCAGCCUUCCCUCUCUGUCUGUCUUCCUCUCCCAUUGUUAUCGCUCUCCUUUCCCCAAUUUCUGCCCGUAUCUCAGUCUAUAUCUCACAUCCGCCUGUGACCCUCUUUGACCUUGAAAUACCAACAGUGUCAGGAGGAGGAAGGGAGACAACUGAGAGGGAGGAAAGAGGGGAGAGAACGAUAGAGAGAGAGAGAGGAGGAGUUUGGAGAGAAAGAGAAAGGGAGGGAGGGAGAGACAGAUGAGGGGAAGACAGCAGCAGGUGGUUGUCAUGGAAACAGGGAGGAUUGUUACACGGCUCACGUCAACAGGCGAGUGUUGAUGGGGGGGAGGAGGGGGGGGGCAGAGGUGGUGGCGGUGGUGGUGGUGGGGACGCAGAGAAAGCGUCAAUAAGUAGGUAAGUACCGAUGAACAGCCGCGUGUUAAAUACCCACCAGACUGGGACCGCCACACUUGAAAAAGUGGGGGGAGCGCACGCAUGUAGAAGUGCGGAUGGCGGGACACACAGUCACACACCGACUCUUGUCCGCAUUCAGGCUCAGCAUGCGAGCAUUGCAAUGAAUAAUCCAGGACACAAAAGGUUUCAGUUUCUGCAAGAUUGAGUUGUCAAAAUACAGAGAGCAGAUGCGCACAAUACAGUCUCCACUCGUUCCCCUUUACUCCGGCAUCCCUCAGUACACGCUCUCGAACCAGAACGCAGGCUGGCACGCUGUCUUGUGAUGUCAAACACACACAUGCAGCGUAUGACCUUGCAGACACAUGCUAAGGCUUUAGUCACAGUCACACAGUGAUGCUCACGUCAUCCGCCUCUCCCUCUCUCUCUCUCUCUCACUCUCUCUCUGUAUCGCUAUCUAUCUCGCUCUCACACACAAACAGGCAUGGCUACAAUAGUUGCUGGUGUCUUUUUUUUUGUGUGUGUGUCCAUUGUUAUUUUUUCUUCAUCCACUCCUAAUCGAGAUGUUUGGGAGAUUCACUCAGUCAGACUUCCUCAUUCACAGCUCUGGGAAAAAGGGAUCAAGAGAAAGGAAGUGUGAAAUGCAUAAGAUCCAUGUAGACAGAUGGAGAAAAUGGAGGGAGAGUGUGAUGGACAGAUGGAGGGCUAGAGAUAAAACAUUUAGAAACAGAUGCAAAAGCGCAAGUGUAGAGGGAAAAUAGAGCCAGGGAGUGACAGGGGGCAGGCGGAGGGAACUGGUGUUUAAGUGUUUAUAGAUGUAGCAUGAAAGAAAUCAACCCAGUUCAGUCAAAGAGAGCUGAUGAGCAGUUGUGAAAUAGUUGCUUGAUCAAGUAGAGCUGGCACAAACAGAUCUGUCGUGACUGAGUCUGUACAUGGAGCUCCACCUGCACUUUAAUGAACCAAAGAAAAAACGGCAUGAAUCGAAAAUCGGUUCUUGCUUUCGUCUGGGGGAGCGAGCUCUUAGGGGCUGAUUCUUGAAAAUAUGCCAAAAAGUUCCCAGAAGAAAAUGUAGAUUAAAAACUGGACAGUGAUGGGAGCGAAGGGUAGCAGAGGAAAAAAAAAAACAGUACAGGCAGAAGAACAAUGGGAUGUGGGGACAAAAACAGACCGAGGUAAGAAGAUGGAAAGGACGGUUCAGGAUCAGGCCCUGAGGCGGUAGCAAGAGACUGACUGUGGCAGGAAGGGGAAAAAAAAGAAAGAGAUGAAGUGUUUAUCUGCAAAGCGUCAGACUCCACCAGGACUAUUUGAAAAGGAAAAACAUACAUACUUUCUUUACAAGCUGCAAAUACACGCUCUCUCUUCAUAAUUAUGCAUAACCAACAGCGGUGGAAGAUCCUUCACUCAAAUGAAUUAAAGCAGAAGUACCACAGUGUUACAUAAAAGUACUCAGCUGCAAGGAGAAGUCUGUGUAUGAAAUGUACUUACUGAAAAUAUCAAAUAAAAAGUAAUCACUAUGCAGGGGGAAUGGCUCUGUGUCAGCCUUAUAUUAUGAAAUUUAUAAAUGGUGCAUUACUUCUCCCUGAUGCUGAAGAGAGGGACGUCUACACUACCUUGCGCCAGCUGCCCAGACAAAUAAAUGGAUGGGUUGAUGCAUGAAAAUGUGUGCAGCAUUUCAAUGUUACCGGCAAAGAUGGAGAUGGAGCGCUCUAGAUGCAGCUGAAAUUUUAGAAGAUCAGACUGAUGAAACAUCUAUUUUUCUUAUUGUCAACAAAUCCAAUGAAGAGACUCAAAUGAACAGUAUUUUAGUCCUCCUCCUUCAGUCCUCUCAGACUUCUGUGUGCCAAUCUGUGGCACACAGCCUUGAGCAGAUUUAUUCCUACAAAAGAUGUAAAUCUUUAAAAAUGGGUCAGUCGUUUAAAAAAAGAUAGAGAACUCCCUUAAAGAACCAGCGUGAGGACUCGGAGAUCUAUUGGAAGAAACAAAAUAAAAUAUUCAUCGGGGAGUUUCUGCUCGUGUAGAACAACCUAAAAUCUGAAACGCUUUUCUUUCACUAUAGGAUAAGCUCACCAACCCAGAGGCUCCAAAGACAGUCUUUUUCAUUCCUUCCUUACUUCACACCAACUGUAUGUUUUAUUAAUAUGAAUGGUGAAGAGACACUUAAACCCUCUAACCACAUCACUGGCUGUCACUAAAUCCUAAAAGCCGGUUUUUGAAGCAGGAAGCUAUCAUUUCCUCAAGACAAAUAUUGCCAAAUAUUUUAGACUUCUUUUGAGGAAUACAUUUUCUGUUUUCCACAUAAUGCCAUCUACAUUUUGGACAGUUGAUACAGCUUUCUGUGACAAACUAUUUAUCUAUAGUCAAGCUUCCCACUGAGCAUUUUUGGGUCUAAAAGAGGUCUAAUAGACGUCUAAAUGUAGCCUAGAUGACUGGUCUAAAAACAGGCUACCACAGGUCUAAAAAUUAAAGUUUUUUAGACUAACUUUUACUAAAUUUAGACCAAGUUUAGACUAGCCGGCUAACAGAGGUCUACACUGUAUAUUGCUCAACGGCUAUCAUAAUUAUUUUGUUAAAGUAGUUGGAGGUCAGUUCUGCAACUCACAGUUGCUUUUUUAAACAAAUAAUUAUCGAAUAAUGGCUUAAAGUGCAACGUCUAAAUUGCGUCUAAAAAUACACAGAAACUAGAUAAACUAGACGUCUAAUAGCUGUCUAUUACUCAGUGGGUAUUUGACAAGGGAAAUUCUUGGCCUUCUGAUCUAGCAUUACGUGGCUUGUUUGGGUAAUUUGAGGAUUGAACUAGCUAGUUUACCGGCCAAUCAGCAGCUUUGGAAACCAACGUGGUGGCAGCUGAUUGGCUUCAUAUGCAGAAAAGGGAAACUAAAGGACAGCAUCUGGGGAAUGAACCCUUACUUAUACAGUCUUUAGACCAGUACGUUUGUUUUCAGGGAUACUUGGGUUUGGCCCAAGUCUCAUGGACGGCAUACUCCCUCUAGGGGUCAUCAAGAAACACUCACCAUAACCUGGAAGAUGCAACUCAACUGUCAGUCAUUCCUCACAUUUGUCCUUGGGGAUUACUGUGGGCAGUUGUCAUUGUCAUGUUGUGUUUCUCAGAUGUGGCCUGUGAUUUCUCUGUGUCUUAUUUCUGAGGAUAAGUCUGUAAUGUGACAUGAGUGCCACUAUCUUCUGGCUCUCGUCUAGAACAGCAUUUUUGCUGCAGCUCACAUCAAUACGCUUUACAUCCCAUUAUUCACUCUCCACAUACUUCAGUCUUCUGGGACAAGUUCAGGAAUGAGAGUAUUAUUUAACUAAAGCUCUAAAUAUCUAUUAAAGGGACACAUAUCUGUAAGGAGGUCAACACCACUUACACUGGAGUGGGGAGCUUUUCUCAUGAAGGGAUCCCUCGAAGAACGGAAGUUUCACACCAGUGCUAUCUUCCUCCAUAACAACUCUUCCCACUAGAGACAACUUUGACUUUAGCAACAGUGAACUGAUGGCCCUGAAGUAGAGGAGGCACUGGGGACUCAGUUAUAAGUCUGGAUGAACAUAUAUAAAUCUUGACUUUGGUUCUGAGGGCACAUCUAUCAGUGGAUAUCCACAUACCUGUAAUACCAGUUUAUUACACAUUGAACAUUCAGCAUUUUGUGUUUGUUUGUCACUUGUUACUGAAGUUCAGAGUAGGUACCUCAAAACUUAAAGGGAUAUUCCAGCGUAAAAUGAAGAUAGGGCCAAACACACCAUAACACCGAGUUAGACACCCCCCUCCAGAGAUGAAUGUUGCCGACCGCUUGCUUCUUUAGUUAUACUAGGGUGACCAUAUUCUGACUUCCCAAACAGAGGACACAACUAUGCGGGGGCGGAGUCACAGAGUCACACGAAGGUAAUUUUGAGAGUUUUUCGGUUCGGAUUGAGUGUCUCUUAUGCACUUCUAAAUCACUAAGUCCACGUGACACAAAAUGAAAACUCUCUGCAAAACAAAACUGCGGACAUUGAAGGAUUUUGUAAAAAGCCGGACAAACCCGGAGAGCCCAGACAGCCCCCACAAAAGCCCCCAAUAAAGAGGACAUGUCCGGGUAAAAGAGGACGUGUGGUCACCAUAGUUGUACCAACUAGAGGAUGACAUUUUUCGGGAAUUCCUGUGGGUCACGCGGUAAUCUGACGGGAUGGGAGGCAUUUUUUAAUUAAUCCCGUGAUCGGCUGAAAAUGAUCAUCUACUAAUGUUGUUCCCACUCCUGCCCGCUGCCGUUGCUUUUUUCCCGUCCCGUCCCGAUCACGGGAUUAAUUAAAAAAUGACUCCCAUGACCCACGGGAAUUCCUGAAAAAUGUCAUCCUCUAGUACCAACUUCAGCAAUGACCGCACGAUAGCAAUACACAGCAGUCUACGUCUCCACGCACAAACCUCAACCAAAACGCCAAUGCUCAGAACAGCACCUAACUUCAUCAACAGCACAUAUAGCGUCCCAGCCAUAGCACUAGCCACCAAAUAUCUUUUUAGCUUUGCCUGAUUUCUUUAGCAAAGAGACUAAACUUACCCGCUCUCCUCUAGCAGCCGCUUGUUCGUGGGGGAGCCCUGACGAGUCGAUCACCGAGUGCAGCGGAGUUUUGCAGCUCAAGGAAGAACAUUUAUGAUUAUUACUUCAUGGAAAUACAAUCAGACCGAGACACUAAGGCAGAAAAACUACCGCGUCUGCAGUACAAAAUGAUUAUUAUUCAGUACGGUGUUACGAUGUGUUUGACCAUAACUUGAAUUUACGCCUUUAACUAUCUUCUCCAGCCUUAAAACAGACAAUCAGCUUUGACUUUGGCUCGGGUAGAUUUCAUUACUUCAUAUUAUUUGAGGAGGAUGUGUGUACAGGACUUCAGGGUUUGAGCCUAAGGUUUGGUUUUGAAAAUGUUUAGUGCAGGAAUUUAUAUAUUUGUGUAGUCAGUAAAAAAAAUCAUUCGAUUGACUGCAAACCUAAUAUCUUGAAGGGUUUUAAUACACAUUACAAAACAAGAAAAUUCAAAUUAAACCCAGGCAAAAUGAACAACUCCUCAAGGUAACUGGAAAAUGAGGCAGCAAGUGGCUGCAAACUUUAUUUAUGGAUGAUGAAGCUAUUCAGGGCUCAUGGGCAUCUCUUCUCUUAGAAAGCUUAAAUUUUUCAUGCUGAGUGUGUUGUGCAGUUUAAUUGGCUGCUGUGUUGUGUUGUGUUUGAGACACAGUGCUUGUUUUUGAGGUCUGGCUCGUACUAAUGUGCUGUCUUAUCAAGUUGAGGAGCAGACAGACGGACAGGUGAGGCGAGAGAAGCCUUGCGUCCUCUCGCUCUCCUCUACAAAGUAGGCAGCAGAUGUCUGCUAUUUCCUGAGGGACAGAGAUAAAUGAUGUUUCUCCACUCCUUCUCCCUCUCUUUUCUCUCUCUCUCUCGCUCUCUCUGAUCUUUUGGUGUCGUUCAUUUUGCUACUUUUUCAUGAUCUUUCAUUCCCUUUCUCUCGUUCUGAUCUGACGAGCUUGCUCCCUCACCCUUAAAACAUUGCCCAUUCUUUUUUCCGUCUUUUGAUCCGUCCCUCUCUAUAAUUUUCUUGUCAUUUCUCUUCUUUUUUUACUUCUUCAGGCAAACAAGCUACGCACAAAAACCUUGAAGAAUACGCUGAACCCAGUGUGGAAUGAGACGUUAGUGUAUCAUGGCAUCACGGCAGCCGACAUGACCACCAAAACGCUCAGGUAGGUGUUCAGCUCCCAUUGUGACCAUCAAUUAGACAGCACGACCAGUUUAUUAUGUGGAUGAUGAAGAUCCAUGAUUCAUAACUCUCAAGUGAACCGCCAGCAGCGGUCUAUGCUUCCCAGUGGGCUUUUCCAGGUAAUUCAUUAUUACAGCCAGACGACGCCAGCCAACUGUUCCACUUGCUGUUGCUGCGGUAACUCGCUCAGGUGCUGGCGGCGCCGGUGAGUCCCCUCCUUCUAUACAAAGUGAUUGAGGUCAAGCGUAGCCAUCUUGGCCCAAAAAGCUGUGACACACUUGUGUCAUCCUGCAUGUGAGUCAGUCCAGAGGCAGAAACGUACUUGUUUUGUUUUGUAAAUGCGUGCGCCGAUUACAGUAAGUGUCAGUUUUCUCAGUGGAUUCAUAAUAAGGUCGGAUGUGAUUGUUUAUCCUGAGGAAACAAAAGCCCAUAGGCGCCGGGAUGUUUACGCCCACAUACAAACAAACACACAGAGAAAUCCAUGUAGACUCGCACCUGAAUCUCAUCUACAUCAUUUAUACAAAUGCGGGCAGUCAUGUGUGUGCUUAUUCUCCUGUGUUGGUGUCAAGGACAAUAACAAGCAGGAAAGAACAUGCAAGGCCCCUCCUCUGGAUGUAGAAACAACACACACACACUCACAUAUGCGCACAUGUAAGCAACACACGUCCUUGAGCUCUUGAAAUCACACUCAUUAGGAGAGAACAUUUAUUUUCCUUCUCUAAACAUGUGCGUUACCGCAGACAAACGGCAGCUUGAAGAGAGACCCUUCAAAUUAGCGGAAAACCCACCUGACCUCUGUCCAAGGACAUAGCCGACAGACACGAACCAGCACGGGGGCUCUGGGAAGCCAAAAAACGAGGAGGAGUGCGACCAGCGUCGCGCCAGAGAUGAAGAGAGGGAGAGAAAGGGAGAAGUGACUGCCAAGAUCAACAAAGAGAGCAAGAGGGAGAGCGUGAAUGAUGUCAAGUGACAGAUAAGGCAGCGUGGAAGAGGAGAAUAGUGAGCUCGAGAUUGAGGAGGACGAGAGAAAAAGGGGAUGGAGAGGAUCCAAGGGUCAACUGAAAGAGAGAGAGAAAGUGUGGUAAAAUGGAUCAAGUGAUGAAUGAGACAAUUCACUUAGCUGAGAGAAAGAGGAGCAAGUGACGGGGAGGAGUUUGCUUAAAGAGGAGCCAAAAAAUGAAGUAUUGAGAGGAGUGAAAAAACGUGGUGGCGAGUGAAUGAAACUGUGUCGGAGAUAGCAAAAUACAGACAAGAGGAAGAAAAUAUGCUCAAACUCUCUGUAGAUGUGUUCAGGCGCCAGCAUGAUACUUCAGCCAAUAGACAGACUUUGUUCCCAUUACUCAACGGAAAGUGGCGAACAGACAGAGGAUGGAGAAAACACUGAGGAAUCCCUGGAGAGAUGUUUACUCACUCCGUUUCUGCCCUGCUGCACGCUGCUCUGCCGCUCCUAGCAUGGCGCAGAGGAGGAGAUACUGUAGUCUUUGAUCCCUGAGUUCAUUGCACCAUGAGAUGGGACGACUUCUUCCAGACACGGCGUCCCUAUAGACCCGCCAGAGGGCCGUGACAAUGCAGUAUUAACACUAUAGCCAUACUGCAGUGAAGGCAGUUCCACUCCGGUUAACAUUAACAGGUUGGAUGUAAGAGGAUGAGGCUUUUUAGAUGGAUUUCACCACACCACCACAAGUGUUGAUGCAGAUUUGAGACGCUAUAUUUCCUGUUCAAUAUUUCCUUGACUGUUUGUCUGGCAGGAAACUUGACACACAAAUAAUGAAGUUGUAGUCUAGAGAAAAAAUCCAUAUUUGGCUCAGUGGUUGAGUCGGUUGUCUCACAGUCAGACAGUUGGCAGUCUGUUCCCAGCUCUGCUGAUGGGCGCUUGUUGUUGCAGGCAGCCUCUCCCAUCAGUAUGUGAAUGGAUGAAUGUGGCAUGUAGUGUAAAGAGAUUUGAUUGGUCAGAGGACGAGCAUAGGGAUGAUAUUAUUACAGAGCAACCAAACAAACUCUUCUUCUCCUCCUCUGAACAUCGUUGUUUUGCAGGCACAUGAUUGUGGUCUGUCAUCAAACGCCUUUAUCAUGAAGUAUCACUAACUAUAUAACUCUGACAUUGAAUAAAGAGUGACACAUAAACUAUUUGGAUGAUAUUUACUUCACAAUAUACACAUGAAUUAUAAUUGCACAAAACUCGUUUCGUAAUAACACUUUAUACCAUGCCUACUGUGAAACUAGGGCUGAGCGAUAAAACAAUAACAAAAUUUAUCGAAACUUAAUUUCCCUCAAUAUCAAUAUAAAACAUGGUCAAUAUGCUUUUCGAUAGUCAGCCAUGUUUUGGUUGACUAUACGAAUAGCCAAUGAAAAGGAGAGUUGCUCCGGGUCCACUUUACACUGAACCAAUCGUGCUGAACUAGAACCAAGUAGCAAAAAACUGCACAGUAGCAGGCUGUAGCUACAGGCAACCAUAGCACUUUAACACGUGAAGCUGACAGCACUGUGGGUGAGAAAAACAGAAAAUUAGUGCUAAAUUAGAAUUAACUAGAAAUGCAGAUGAAGGCUCAACAGAUGACGACAUCGUCGACAACACUGGCACUAAAACAUUGGUGGUGUGGAGGUAUUUUGGUUUUUUUUUAGGUCAGACAUGAAGCAGAGUAAUGUGCACUGCAAAUUAUGUCGAGUUCAUGUUCUCUCAAAGUCGGGGAAUACCUCAAAUCUUUUUCACCACCUGAAGCAGCGCCACGCGGCAGAGCACGCACAUGCAAAAUGUUACAAACCCCGAGCGGAGGAAGGAGCUCAUGGCGCCUCUGCAACCGAAACAGCCGACCAUUCAGUUCGCUUCCUCUGGCGCAACGCCUCGUGACAAAACGUCAAAGAGACCUAAGGACCUCACAGAUGCAGUAGUUUAUUCUACUGCAAAAGACAUGCUACCAAUAAGCACUGUUAAAUUUCAUUUUUUAUAUCACUGAUAUAAAAAAAAUAUGAAAAAAAAUAUCAUGAUGAAGUUUCUUUUUCAUAAGUGAUGACAAAUGCUGUUAAAAGGACAUGCAGUGUGAGAGAAGAAGUUGGUUUUCUAAUAAUUUAGUCAUUCUUCGCCAUGCUGCUGCCCAUUAGCAGCAUCAUUAAUUACAUAAAGCCAUUAUGCCAUGACAAAAUGUACCUAAACUGUGCCGCUUAUUGAAAAUUGGUUAUGAAGUGUUUUUUUCAGUGUACAAGCUUUAUCUCAGAGGCCCAUUCGAGGUCCAGCCUGCUAUUACGAACGGGCCAGUUGAGUAAACUAAUAACUUUGCUCCUUAAUGCAGACUUCAUGGUUGGUUUCAUACCACCUAAUCCUGCAAUUGGUGUAGCAAGGCUGCCGGAGGUGUUUAGGUUUGGAGUGAAAAGCCAAUGGACUUGGAAUAGACUGCAAAGAAACCCCAUCCUGACAGGUUAUUUAAUCUGUUAUUGAAUCUCAGUAUUUUAAUUAUUUCAGUGAAAUGGAACUCUUUACCCAACUACAGUUUGCUCGUUUAAUUACCACCGUUAUGAGCGGUUUUAAUUUCUAGUAAACACUCUCAUCAUUAGAGAACUGCUCUUUGAACAAAGGGUUUAUCAAUCUCCUUUGAAGUAGAAAGAUUAGGCCAGUUGAGUCACCCUCCAGAUUGUUUUAUUGCAGUAAGGUCGACAUCGUUUGAGUGUACGCCCAAAUUCAUCACGAGUGUCAGCAGUCUUCCUCUGCCUUUUGGCAAGUUUAUAAUUAUUAAGCAAGCAGUGAAGAUGAUAAUGUGGCGCCCCGAUUCUUCUUUAUGUUUAGAUGACACUGCAUAUUUUAGUGCUUAUUACACCAGCGAAGGAUAUUGUUUUUCUUUAACUUUGUGGCUUUUAUGACAGAAAAGGAAUAUCAUGCAGCAAGUUAACAGAGAGGAGAUGGAGCGUGCAGAGGUGUUGUGAUGAGAGGUGGCAUAUUGAGUGAGUAUGUGUGUGUGUGUAUGUGUGUUAAAGGACUACCAACAUGAUGUCAGUGCCCGGUCUAGUCACACUCAAUUUCUCUCUUGUAUCUCUCUGUCCUUCUGUCAGGCUUUGUAAUAGACUGUCCUGAGCUGUGGGGAGAUACGGACAAAUCUAGGACUUGAUUUGGUAUUGGAUGGAGGGUAAGGCUGAGAUUGGCUACAGGAUGCAUCCGGUGGUGAGAUGAAUGGUCGGGUGCUGAUACGGUCAAAAUGUAAUCUUUCAUUAGGUGUUAGAUGUCAGGGUGAGAUUGAUAUUUUUGAUUGGGCUGCUUUUUUCCCAUGGUAGUGGUAUUGUUGUAUGGAUGGAAAUAUGAGUCAGGUGGCUGUUAAACUGUUUUUCAGGAAUGAAAUAUGAUGAAAACCUCAACAUAUCUGAACGGCUGCCCAUGAAUUCUUCCUAGAUAUCUGUGGUCUCCAUAGGAUGGCCCUUCAUGACUUACUUAAUACUUGUAUUUUUAGUGAAUCAUUAUUAUUUAGCAAGUAAUCUUUAAAAUUUUUUAUACAACCAUUCCAGUCCCCCAAGGCUCCAUUAUCAAGAUUAUCAAGUACAAUUUUCUGAUCCAUCCCUAAAGCUCAAAUAUGUCAAAAACGAAUCACAUUCCCAUCAGCCCUACAGCGUCAUUGAGUUUUUAGUAGGGAUGGGGGAUAUGGGCUCAAAAAUUAAUCACGAUUAGAUUUGCCAUUCUGGCGAUAACGAUAAAAGUCCCGAUAAAAUAUAUUAUAAUUUCAAUCUAUGUUUUUGACUCAUUUUGUCUUGAGAACACCAGUUGGAGGAGUCAAAUAAGAUACUUAACCACACAUUUGAGUAGAAGGUUAUGGUGAAAACUAAUGAUGAUAAUUCUAAUGAUUAAUAAUUCUGCUUUGUGUGGGCUAUGGCUGCGAGUCCACCACUCGCGCUUACGUCAUCAACUCACAUUGAUCUUAUUUAUCAUGAAAUGGCGAAUAUUUAUCAUGGAAGAUUUUUCUGAUGAUAUAUCGUGAACAAUGAUUUAUCGCCCAUCCCUAGGGUUUAGCACCAACAAGCAUACUGAUCAGGAGAGUUAAGCUGAUAAAUAUGUCACCUGUUUAGUUUAGCACAUUUUCAGUGUGUACUACUUUGUCACAUUUCCUCAUAAAGGUGCAAGCAUGAUGGUUGAUUGUAGGUCUUAAACUAAGCUCACAGUCUGUGUUCAACAAAAUACUUCUUUCCCUCUUUUAUAGUCAUGUCCCAAAUUUCUCUAACAACAACAUUGUUUCAUAUAUUCCUUGAAAAGUUAAUAAACUUACCAUGCAUUGUAUCCUCUUCAUUUAAAUAUGUUUCCUCUGAUAUUUAAUGUUCAUUCGACAUUUGUGAAGCUGAGAUAUUCCCAAAAUCUGAAAAAAAAUCCUCUCAUAAUGCAAAUUUCCAGAGCAUAAAAUAAGCAGGUCAAGAGAUCAGAUUAAUUUUGGCACCCUAGCUGGACAAAGUGGCAGCCCCUUCAUUUUCACUGGUGUUGCACUGUUUGUGUGCAUGUGGUGUUUUCUGCAGUACUUCUUUCACAACACAGAUGCAAAUACUUCACUGUAUCACACCAGCCAAAAAAAAAUGCAUCUGUUCUUCACCAUGCUCCUGCCAAUUUCCCAUCAGGCUAUAGAAAAUAAACAGUAUUUUUUAUGGUGCAAAGAAGUCAUCAGCAAUGCAGACGAGUAAACUCCACUUCCCUCCUGCUAAUGAGACCAACAUGGACAGGAGAGGACAGUGGCUGUAUGGUGAAAAAACAGAGCUGUAAAUGGUCUUGUCUGACACAUACCCCCUACAGGCGUUAAAGGUCAAGAAAGGUCAUCUUCCUUCUAAGACGCAUGAACAAUAGCAAAUAAUUUGUUGUGAAGUGAGAAUAGAGGUCUAUUAAUCUUUUCUGUGGACUCGCUUCAUUUAAGGCAAACGGCCAAAGUUAACAAAGGCUGAAAUUUGCAAUGAUAGUUUUUGGACAAAGAUGACAACUCCUGUGAUUUUAAGGUAUAUCAAGAUGUCAUCAAGUAGGGCUGGGCAAUAAACUGAAAAUUUACUGAUUCCAAAACUUACGACACUAACCGACGUCGUUUUGCCCACAUCAGUAUAUUCAGUGUCAAAUAAAUAAAUGAAUAAAUGUUGGUUUUAGAUGUGUGUAGGUAGGCUAUGGUCUCAUGUCCCUUUAAGAUGCUGUCCUACAUCGGAGACGUGACUCCACCCCAUCCAGUCUGUAACAAAGAGGGAAAGACGAGUGAGGAGAUGGAGGACGGUUCAAAAGUUGGAGCAGCAGCUGAAGUAGACAAAGUUAAUGUGGGAGGGGGUGAGCAGCUUGUGGAGUAGUUAUCGUUCAUUUAUUGUUAUCGAGGUGAACUGCUCAAUAUAUCAUGAUAUUGAUUUGAGGCCAUAUCGCCCAGCCCUAUCAUCUAGCUACUUUGUUAGCCUCUAACUGAGAAACUCCUUGAAUUAAAACUUUAAUACCAAGCAUAUAAGGGGAGAUAGUUUGAUCUGCAGUAAACACCAUAUGGCGUGGUAAGAAAUCUUCUGAACCUGUAGAAAAGGUCCUCAGUGUUUCAGUUUUUUCUGUCAGAACUCCUCAAACGCGUGCUACCUUUGACCCUGAAAGAGCUGAUAUUAAGAGUACAGACUUUAACAAACUACUGCAACUCAGAUUUUUGUCACGCGUAACUUUGGCACCUUGAGUUGAACAGAUUCCACGAGCAUCUGCUUGGAUAAAAAAGGGUUCCUAAGGCCAGGGAGAAAGCGUUUGCAAAGAAGAGGAAUAAGCAGCAGUCAAAAGUUUCUGUCGAACUGGUGUCAGAUUUCUCAGCUUUCCCCGUCUCAUCACAGACACCCUACAUGUAUGACAGAGCAAAGACAUAUAAAUCAUCUGACAGCCGUGGUCAUGAGUCAGAGUCAUUCUGAAGCUUCUACUACAGAUACUCAUCCGUUCUGACUAAAAGGCUGCAACCGGCAUGUCAAACGUCCAAAUGUUAGACGGAGGGAAAGAGAAGAGGACGACAAGGAAGGUGCGCUGGUGUCUCUGCGUGUGUGUGUGUGUGUGGAGAGAGAGAGAGCGAAAUGUAAGGUUGAAAGAAGAGAGUGAAGAGCAGGGAGAAAAUCAAGAGCAGUGACAGUCCGUGUGGGAAUAUUUGAACACAGAGGGAAUAUUGUAGCAGGUGAUGAGCUGUGAAGUCUGUACUGUAGCUGAUGGAAUAUUCACUCUCUAUCAGGCAUCUCCAUCAGCUCAAAUAAGAGAGUCCUACAGAGGAAAUGGUUUGACACAGCAAGAGAAUUUUAGAAGAACAUCAUAAUUCAGUCAUUCUUUUAGAAUCUGAGGAUAGAAACAAAACGGAUAAGAAAAAGGACACAGCAGAAGAAAAACAGAGUUUGUUUCAGAAGCAGUGUCAAACCAAUGCUUUAGAAUACUUUUGACUUUCACUUUCGGGCCAUCAUGAGGUUUUCCAUACAUGCUCCUUCUCUGCACCAUCAAACAUCCUACAGCUUCCACACCCUGUGCUAGCUCAUGACACACGGCUGCACUAAAUCCAUCAACACCCCAACCUCUGGUCAAUGCUUCAUCAAUAUUAAAUCAAGGAUGCAAGACAACCUCCUUUAAGUAAACUGUGAUAAAUCAGAUAUCAUCUUCAUCAUCAGCCCCACAGCCCAUCAACAACUGCGAUUCGUCUACCUCAUUGAUCUGUGAGUCAUUUUUCAACAGCAGCUUCUCCUUUGAACAACACAUCAAUCAGUUCACCAGACCUGCUUUUUUUAUCUUAAGAUUACAGCUCGUUUUUCCGUCUGUGAUUCUUCCUUUCUGCUGCCAGAACUUUGAUCCAUACCUUCAUUACUUCAAGAACCGACCGCUGCUUUUCCCUUAACUGAUCCGGUUUUCAGAUCUUCUCAUAACAAAUGGACAGUUUGACUCCCUCUAACCACUCUGAGCUAUUUAACUUAGCAUGUUCUUUAGCUAACCUUUCUUUCUCUCAGAACUUUGUGUCAGAGUAGUGGUUCAUAAAAAUCCUGAGUUAUUUACUGCUAUUGCAUGUUAUGAUUUAGGGCAUUUAUUUUCCAUUACCAUUAAAACUGUGUGAAAUGUCCUUAUGUAUAAAUUACAAUACCCAAAUACAUCAAAAAGGAACAACAUUUCCAUCUGCUUCAGCUGUACCUUGAGUUCGAUGGUGAUCAGGAAACAUUACUUUGUCAGACUGAGAAAUAUUCUAAAAGGAAAAAUGUCUGAGUUGUUAUCAUCUCAACUUUGUAAAACAUUUGAAACACAAAUUAUGAAUCAAACUUACUAGCAAAACCAAAGGUGUCAUACUCAGAAAACAGAGCACAGUUGCUGGUUUUGCUAGUUGUGCUAAUGUUAGCCACACCUGCUAAACCAAUUUUAUAUUUUCUACCUAUAGUCUGUGAUCUUAACUUUCUGCAGAGAAUAUAAAAUAGGUUUGGCAAGUGUGGCUAACAUAAGCACAACUAGCUAAACCAGCCCUGUUCGCUAAUUUUUUUUUUGUAGGAUGGUACAAUCACCUCUGAUUGGCUGGAAGUGCUGGUCUCCGAUUGGUUAUUCCUUAUGGCUGUGAAAUGUCAUCAUCUGUCAGGUUAGGUUUAGGGUAAGGGUUAGGAUAAGGAUUAGGGUUAGGACUAGGUUGAGGGUUAGGGUUAGGAGAUUCAGGAGUGCGAUAUUGUUCUGUAAUGUUCUGUGCGACGUACAGAGCAGACAGCCCACGUUUGGCUUGAGCGUGUGAUGACGUUUCCAGCUUUUCUAGUCAAUCAGAGGCGGGGGAGGCGGGACUUUCUCCUACCAUCCUACAAAAAAUGAUCGCCUCCUGUACUGCUUAUUGCUGAAACCAAGUGCAGUUUAACCAGACACAGCUUACAUACAACACUAUCUCCAUUUUCUGGUUCAAAAUCCCACCAAACUAUCCCGGACUUCCAGAUACCAUCUGUCAUCUGAACUUGUGUACAUCCAGGUAUUUUAGUGUCACCCCAGUGUUGAGUCUCUGUGUGUUAUAGUCAGUUGUUGUCCUUUGUAGAGAAUAAAACGUUAAUUCCAGGACCCUCUUGUAAGACAUUUUGUAAUUCUGUGAAAAUAUUCCAGUGAGGAAUAAAUGUAAAACGGAGAAACUUUUGUUUUGUGCUGAUUCUGGCGCCCCCUUGUGGACAAUAUGUCAACUCUGUAGCUAUGCUUUCUUUCAACAAUGAAAUGUAUCACUGUGAGUCUUUGCUGUUGGAACUGUGAAUUAAUGUUGUUCCUGCAGACUUCUAUAGACCAAUUUGUCUGAUGUCUAUUCCCCUGGCAGUGAUUACAAGCAUCAAAAUACAUUUUAUAGAAGUUAUCCUCUUUGUUGAUUUGCUGGUUUUAGGUUAUAGACUAGAUAAAUCAGCUUUAAUUCGUCUGUUUUAUUACCAGCAACAAACUCCUACAGGAGCUUUUGAAUACUGGAGAGACCCCUGCUUGUAUCAAAGAUCUAUUAGAGCUUUACAAACCCAGCAGGACUCUGAGGUCUUUUAAUCAGGGUUUGUUGGUUGCUCUGCGCUCCAGGACCAGAGAUUUUACAGUUGUAGCUCCAACUCAUCUGAACUCUUUACUGCUGGGUUUAAGAUCAGUGAAUGCUCUGACCCUUUAACAAGCCACAUAAAACCCAUUAUCGAUCUGUUGUUACUACCAUCGUUCUCUUUGUUGUAAGUGUUAUUUCUUUACCCCAGUUAUCGAGUAUCAGAUGCACCCAUUUAUUAUAAAUAUAAUAUACACCCUUUUAUAACGAACUUGUGCAUAAAAUCUGUGCUGUAAACGGCCACUUCAAAGCUUAUAACAAAAAUUAAAAAACUGUUGACACGGCCAGAAUGGCGACGGUUCUAUUUCAUGUUAAUAUGGUAGAUUAUAGUGGAUUAUUUUUGUACUUUAGUGUGUUAGUAAUUGUAAAUUAUAAUAUUCUUCUCCCCUCAUGUAUAACUGAGCUGUAAAUAACAUGAAUAAAUUUCGGUCCAGUCCAGUUGAACUUAAAAUGAGCACUGUGGCCUUGUUGAUAAAACUAUAAACCAGUAGCUAAAUUCAUGUCUUUUUCCACUGUCAGUUCAAACUGUUUCUCUUUCAGGAAGGAAGGCGCAAUUCACUGCAGAACUGACGUAAUGGGUCACAUUAAAUUGUACAAUAUGCUAAUGAAGAGGCUGUCGAGAGUAUGUGACAUAAUUUAUGCUGAUGAAUUUAUACAAGCCUCUUUAAUUCAUUUUAUCAGUAUAAGACAUGUAAUCUUGGCCUCUACAUCAGCCAAGUACAGAUGGAAACUGAUUACCCGUUUUGAGCAAUGUCUCAUCUUUUAAGUGUUUCAAUCAGGGCAAAUAAGCAUCUGAUUUAGCAACAGCCAAGAAAGGAGGAGGUGGGUGAAAUCCUUUAUGAAGUCUCUCCUUCUUUAGCAAUCACUCCUUGCACUCAACACCCAUGUGGCUGCUUGUGUGAACCCGCAGAGAACUUGUCAUGUGUUGCAGCUGGGAGAGCUGAUUGAUUGUUCAGAUGCACUUUAGAUAUAUUUGGUGCAGUCGCAGCCGUCUUUUCAAUAAUGAGCAGCAGUAGGGUUCAUCUGCAAGUUAUCACUGACUCACCGGCUUCUUUUCUUCUCUGCUGCUGCAUGUGUGUGUGUGUCUAUUUGUGUCUGUGUGAAGGCUGUGUGUGUGUGACAUGGACAGACUUGGAAGAAAUGAAUUUAUCGGAGAGGUGAGGGUGGCUCUGAAGAAACUAAGAGAGGGGGAGAACAAGCGCUACAAUAUGGGGCUGGAGAGAAUCGCACAGGUACAUGCAUUUUGUGUGUGUGUAUGUUUCUACAUGUGUGUGUGUGUGUGCAUGUGCGCAGACUACUCACAUAAAUACCAAAUUGGUUUCUGUGGACAUAUAUAUCAAGAUGUGUCCUAUUUCCAUUGUGCAUGUUUGCCUGGAGGCUAUCGCACAUCAAUUUCAAAAGCAGCGCUAUAAAGUGUAAUAGAUAUUCACCUGGAGGCUCUGUAGGCUAUAACCAUCAUCGUCAUCAUCAUCUCUCUCUCUCUCUCUGUCUCUCUGUCUCUCUCUCUCUCUCGUUUCAGAAUAAGGAGACUAACAAUCAAACGGUGGAGCAGGGAGCGCUUGUUGCAGAGGAGGAGGUACAACUAUCACCAGCUUUUAUCAUCAACAAUCUUAUCAUUUCUCAACCGAAACAUGGCUCACUAUAAUUUCCCAUUAUUCUGCAAUAUUGGAUAGAUUUUCUUAUCUUUCCAGGAAUACUAAUCUCUAGCCUCUAUUUUCACGUUCUCUAAAGUAAGAAGAAAGUUUGAUUAGAUGUUUUUAAUCAGUAUAAACACUAAUUUAUUAACUCUUCUGGGACCGGUGUGAAAGACAUACCCACAGGAUUUCUUGUUAUAGCAACAUGUUGCAAUGACUCUGCAGCUGCAGGUGUUUUUCUCCUCUGCGGUCUUUAUCUAAGGUCGCAUUUGAUUUUAGAGACAGGGGGCUAAUAGCUUUUGGUCUCUGAUUAGACUCAGUUUAUGGUUCAACCUGCAGAUUAAAAGAAGAAGGGAGCAGUGCCACUUUUCAAGGCACAGAUAAGGCCUUUAAUUACAAGCUUUAAUUUGAAUAUCGCUAGUGCUAAAACGGACACAAACUAUCUGAGCUCCAGAAAAUGUCACGGCUUAUAAACGCACAAGCAUCCAGUCUUUUCUGUAGUCUUUUAAACAAUCUAAGUUUGUGAGGCAAAGGUGCAGGGAAGCCUAUUGUGUAUUCACCAAGAAAGGAAACAUCAGGUUGAAAACAGGUGCUGUUUCUGACAGACUGUUGUUUCCUGUGUCCCCAGCGUGGUCGCAUCCUGGUGUCACUGUGCUAUAACACGGAGAAAGGCUGCCUGCUGGUUGGAAUCAUACGCUGCGCCCAUCUGGCCGCCAUGGACUCAAACGGCUACUCUGACCCCUUUGUCAAAAUGUAAGUCGAGUCAGAUAUUCCUGAACAAACCUGCUCUCUUACAAAUUAUGCUCAUACUCAGGUUUACCAUAUUAUAAAUUUACAUUUGAUUAUCUCAUAUUACAGGGUGAGUCACUUGUCAGUCUGGGUUCAACAAAAGUUUAAAUGAGGUCAGAAUUAAAGGAAAGUCCCUGUUUGGUUUUCUGUGUUAUUUCCCGUUAACAUGACUAAAAAGAUGUCUUUGAGCGAGCUUCCCUCAAAAUUGGAUUUUGUCUUGAAUUGUGAAUUUAAAGGGAUGUUCCGGUGUAAAUUUAAGUCAUGGUCAAACACACUGUAACACUGAGUUAGACACCCCCUCGAGAGAUGAAUAUGGCGACCGCUUGCUUCUCUAGUGAUACCAACUUUAGUAACGACCGCACGAUAGCAAUACACAGCGGUCUAUAACUCCAUGUGCACACUUCAACCAAAACGCCACUCUAUAGCCACAAAUAAUGCUCAGAACAGCACCUAACUUCAUCAACAGGACAUAUAGGGUCCCAGCCAUAGCACUAGCCACCAAACAUCUUUUUAACUUUGCCUAAUUUCUUUAGCAAAGAGACUAAACACAACUCACUCUUCCACCAUCUGCUUAUUUGUGGGGGAGCCCUGACAAGUCAAUUACCGAGUGCAGCGGAGUUUCGCAGCUCAAGGAAGAACAUUUAUGAUUAUUACUUCAUGGAAAUGCAAUCAGCCUGAGACGAUAAAGCAGAAGAACUACCAUGGUCACUGUGCAAAAUGAUGAUUAUCACUUCAUGAAAAUGAUCCGCUGCACUCGGCAACAUUAAUCUCUCGAGGGGGUGUGUAACACGGUGUUAUGGUGUGUUUGACCAUAACUAAAAAUUAUGCUGGAAUAUCCCUUUAACAACCAAAAGCUAAACACAAAAAUGUCAUGUGAAAUUAACAUUCUGACUCGCUGCAAAGGGAUCUCUGUUGUUUUUGCGUCAGCCCUCUUUUGCCUGAAUAUCUGUUGUGACCAAAAGAGCCCGAAUGAUCAGAUUAACGGGAAAUACACCAAUUUGAAAUAAAACAGAAUUUUCCUCUGAUGUCAUGUUCCUUUACAACAGUCCUGGUUGUCAUUUUUAUAAGAGAUCAAUAAAAAUGAGCUUAUGCAGUUAAGUUAAGUUGAGUGAGUGUGCUGCUGUGAUCUGUUUCCGGUCUUAUCUAAAUCUCUUUGCUGACCAUCAAUGACCAUUUCAGGACCAUGGGAUUAAACUGUGUUUAUAGAAGUUCUUAUGAGAAAGUUUUGUCUGGUUUAUAAUACGCUGAAAAAUACUCACCCAGAGUAUUUUGCAAGUUAAGAUGGAUUCAACAACCUAACCCUACAGAAACUAUCAAGUUUCCAGACCCAAACCUUAGCUUCACACAAACCAUGUCAAGAAGCAGCGAGAAACAAGCCGAGUCAAACUUUUGUAUGUGUCAUUAGUGAAUGUGCUUAGAAUCACAGUUUAGUGUAGACCCAGCGAGAAUACACAGCACUGACACACCCAUCUCACAAAGUGUUUAACCUUUGUUCCGGUCCGUAACGCACUUCACCCCUCAACCAGCUUGACAGGACUGAGGGGGCGAAGCCACCAGAUGCCCUGCUCUGACACCAGCAUGGCACGACACCCACAGACUCGGAGAAUGUGAACGCGUAGGCGACCAAAUGUAAAGUGUCUUAAAGACUGAUCGAUCUCAUAAAGUAAAACACAGACUCAGAGAGUGGGUGAUGAUAGAUAAUCCUCCAGACACAUGAUGGUGUCCGAUACGGACGCUGCCUGUUAUUACCUGACACUGGAAAAGUUCAAAUGUAAAAUGUCACAGCCAUCGAGCAGAGAUUUACUGUGGCCCCAAUCAUGAGGCAGAAAUAUAGGUUAAUGUGGAUUGGUUACAGUGUAAAUAAGAUGGCUGUUAUUAACAUUUUAACUGGAAGGAAAUUAAUCAUGCACACAUUUUCAAAUGUUGAACUUUUUCACUGCAAAGCGAAUUUCUUUGUCAUUUCGGGACACCAUGGUGUUAUUUUUAACUUAGAGAAACUGUGUCAUGCAUACAUCACAGCCGUUAGACAAUGAAUGGAUAAACUGAUAUUUGAAAGGCGGUGAUUGAAAGUGAUUUUUUCGUGUUUUGCGUCACGCUGUUAAACUGAGCUCCUCUCUCGGUACUGCGGGUGUUUUCAAAGUGUGAAACACAGAGCUGAUGGAAAGCAAAGUGUCUGACACAGUGCACCUGAGCCAACCUGCCUGUAAGGCAUGGAUGGUGACAGAUAAAACCCACACAGCUCUAUCUCUGAUCUGCUCGGUGCACUUGAAUACCAACAGUGCAGGGGUGGGAGAGCUCCCACACACACAGGACAACAAACCCUGUGACCAGUGCAGCCUCCGACUGUGGGAGGACUCAAAGAAGAAGCGGCAGCAGGUUGCUGAAAGGAAGCUUUUGUGGUUUUGAAAAAGUUUUUAACGUCUGCAGGUAGUUCGGCUGUGAUCCAGAAUGGUGUGAUUAGUCUGUGGACAAGAUCAUGUUUGAUCAUGAUGGUAAAAGAUGCAGAGAAAGAGAUGCAGCAAGAUUGAUGUCUCACCGUCUCGUUCAUUUGAUCAUUUAUUAAUCUGUUCAUUGUUAAAGGUGCGGUAGGCAGAAUAAUUCUUUUAUGAUUUUGCAAAAAUCCCACAAUAAUCUUUCAGCGUGUUGAAUUUGAAGUGAUCUGAGAGAAGAUCACACUUCUGCCUCUCCUCCUGUCUUUGUAAACAGGCUUGAGAAAAUCUGUACCGUGACGGGGGGUGUCAGCCAAACACGGGCCAGUUGAGAAAGUCUAUAAGUAAACGCUGAUGCGUGUUCGCGAAGAAACCCAGGACGCAAUGGCGGAUAGUUAGAGAGGAAAAGUGUUGUGUUGAAAAACGCAUGCCUGUCGAGAAUUGCAUGGACCCCGCGGGAACGUGCUCAUAGUACAGCGGUCCAAGGCAAUGUACAGUUUAAACUGAUACAAUUCAUAUAUGUGGAGCUUAACCAUCAACCUCACCUUAUUUUCUAACCAUCAUGGAUAACUCUGUGUAGAUGUUGCCUUUUUAACACCAAUUUUUAAGCCUUUCCAUGCAUAUGUGCAUAUGUGUAUUCACAUGAACAGACAGCAGCCACAACACUGACUCAGAAAUAUUCCUAUCAGAUGCUGCAGAGAGUUGUAUCAGUCUUAAAUACUUGGCUGAACUCACAUCAGCUCUCACAGAAACAAACCCAAAGGGAAACUUGUGUCUAAAAACUUGUGCCUUAAACCUUUUUUCUCGCCGGGACACAGCAGUGGAUAUUUUUCUUUUGUUCUCUCUAAGCUAUUGAUUUGUUCCACUGCUUUAGAAGUGACACAUUUUUCUUUAUUGGACUAUUUUGCGGCACAUUGUUUUCGAGUUCACCAGAAAAAUACAAAAACACAUGCUCCCGGAGAAAACAGUGUCCUUUUAUUCUUGUCACUCUUUUCUCCUCCUCAACUAUAUUGCUUUUUUUUAGGGGGGGGGCUGUGUCUUUCUUUCAUGUUCUUUGUAUUGGCUCCUUCUCCUUAUAAAGAAAACAAGUUGAUGUGAUUUGUUAAAGCCAGUGUCUGAUUUGAUUCUUUUUUCUGGCACUCCAGUCGUUUAAAUCAUUUUCCCGUCUGCCAGAGUUUCCUUUUGUUCUCUUUUGCAUCAGGAAAACAAAAAAGUUUUACUCUGAAGUUUUAAAGAAAUUAAUGCCGCUCUUAAAUAAGGGUCAGGUGUUUGGAUUGGGUGCGAUGCUUGGCCGACAUGGGUGGACUGCAUCUCUAGAGUGGAGUAAUCAAUAACUCUGACAUGGGAGUAAAGAAUUAAUGCGCUUAGCCAGCUUUCUGACUCGCGUCACUGUCAGGGCGAUGAUGUCCUGCAGCUGUAACACCAGCAGUCUUCUCUAAGAACUUGUAACUAAAGCUGAUCUCGAUGCCAGUCUUUCUUUAUCCAUUAUGUGUGUGUUUGUGUGUCUGUGUGAGUGCGAGUCCGUGCAAUUUUCCAGAGGGCUUUCCAAUCGCUCUCCCCUCUCUGUGACUCUCAAUCCGCUUUUUGAAGCCGUUCAAGUGAGACAAGGUCAGAAUUAUCACAGAACUAAUUUGUCUUCCAAUUGAAAGGACAAAUUAGCAUUUACAGACUAAAUGAGUUUACAUCCUCCAGAAGGACCCGCACUCCUCUCCCCAUCUCUCCGCACAUUACCUGAAAGAUUGCAAGAAUAAAUUACUGUGUCAGAAAAAAAAGACAUGUGAAGGCAGGAAAAGAGCAAAACAUGUCAGAUAUUUUCUGCUGACCAUGCACACAUGCCGUGCUUUACAGUUUCGCUCUUUCCUCUUUCCCUUUUUACCCCUAAAGCGUGUGAAGUGUAAGUCAUGAAUCCUCACUGCAGCAGACGUAUAUAUUUAGCUCCUCUCCCCCAUUUUCACACAUUUCUAUGGCACAUUUUUAGGUUAUUUUUACUUCACUGUGUCAUAACUUCGCACCCUCUCUUCUACCACCUCACGUUCCCUCAUUUACCCCUUAUGUCUGUAUUUCUUUUAUCUAUUUCUCUCGCUUUUUUUCACGUGUUUUUCCCUUCCUAGCUUAUUAUUGCUGUCAGGAUGGUUUUAGGCACCAGUUUCUCAUGACCUCGGAAUUUCCAUGUGACUGAGUCAUGAGGGUCCAAUGACAUAAAGGUCAACAGAGGACCAGGGAGGGAAUAAUGUAAAUUCAUACUCACCAUACUGGUGAUGUGUGACUUAAGUCAUUCAGCUCUGUGUAACCCUGGCCAUCUAAAUUUUUACAAAUCAAGAAAGUGGUAUGAAAUUCACAUGAGAGCUCUGAAAUGAAAUAAAGUUUAUAUAAUGUCACUGCACAUUGUACAACCAACUUUCUAUUGAUCUAAAAAUCUACUAUCCUUGGACCACAUGCAUCCAACCUUAAGCCCAUUCUCAUACGCAGCAAUAAAGAGACAUAAAGAAAAAAAAUGCACAUGCAUCUUAUAUUUGUAUCACAUAUAAUGGCAUAAAUGAUAUUGCACAUCAGGUUUUAGAAUAUACUAAUAAACAGUAUUGCACAUUUUUGCCUUAUUUGUACUUUAUAGGGCAAACAGAGGUAGCAUGGUAACAUGUUUUUAUUAAACUUUUCUUGCAAAGCAGAGACAACAUAAAACAUAAUAGCACUGGCAACAGUGUACAGAAUACAGAAACUUAAACCUGACAGGGGAAGAUAAAUAAGAUUUAAAAAAAAUAAAUGCAAUACAAAUAAAUUGGUAAAAAUAAUAGUAAAAGUAAUGUGAAAAGAUAAUAACAGAGACAAGUUUUCAGGGAGUAGAAUGGUUGUAAAAUUGAAAGAUCUGCCCUUGAUUUGUCUAACUCAGACUGCUUAACCCCCAUAUUUGCUUUGAACGGGGACUUUGGAUUUCGUCCCCUAUGUUUUCCGAGAAACUCUUCCCUUCUUUAUUGUACUUGGCAGAAGAACAAGAAAAGGAUCAAGAGAGAGAGAGUGGAGAAAACAGAACAAAAAAGCGGGUUUGAAUGUUUAAUAAGAAUACGACUCGAGAUCAGGAGUAGGAUACUGUACAUACAGUACGACGGAGAAGCAUACAGUUUCUUUUUUUGGCUCCCGCUGCACGACUUGCGUGUUUGUUGUGUUUGCGGUGAAUGGGCAGAGGACAAACUCUAUGUCAGAUAAACCCUGGUGGCCAUGCCAGUGUGGCAAUCAUAAAUUGAGGUUUUGCAGUGAGGCCAAAUAAAAGAUCUCUGUAUCCAGUCUGUAUGAUACAUGAAUAAUUUGACAGAAAGAGGUGACUACAGAGUCAAAGGGUGACUAACAGACAACCAACAACAUGCCCCGCAAAAGUGUUGCCUCGAGAAAUCUAGUAAGUGUUAUAAAUGUGAUGUUUUCAUGGGAUGUUUUCAAAGCUGUUGAGGUAUUUCUGCAUCACCAUCCUUAUUAAGAGGAACAGCUGUCAGUCCCUGUUAGCUUUAUCAGUCAGCGGCGGUUUGUGAUACAUGGCCGAAAUAGUUUAAGUGUGCGGCACAGAAAUGUAUUAUCACUUAGCUCUUUGUAUUUAGCGGAGAACAACCUACUUUUUGAGGGAACAGCUAACAAAAACAGAGGGGAUAAUCCUCCCUAUCUCGACAGACCAGCCUCCCCCUGGUAUGAAUGAUUCUCCACAUUGAAUUUUCCAUGGUAAUUCCAGCACUGUUUGGUUUCAGCGGUGAAUAUUUUUAGUUAUGCUAUCAUCAUUAUUAUUAAUGUGGCUGUCAAAUGACGUUUUGUCUCUCUGGAAAUUGGAGUCCCCCCCUCUCAAAUUCCUCGCAGCCACAUGUUAAAUGUGUCUCUGCAGAGCUCACACUCAGACGUCCCCCCUAGCUUUCACUUCAGCCUCUCACACACGGCUGUUUUUGGCAUCCACUUUCAAUUGAUUUUCCUCCUAUAUGUUCUUUUAUAUAAAUAGAUUAAAACAUGCAGCAGUUUUAUGAGCAUAAAUGCUGAUUGUCUUAUAAGAAAAGUGCAACAUGCAGGUAACAAAAACAAAUGUAACAGAGGUGAUUUUCAGGUGUAUCGGGGCAUUAUUCCGAUUUUUUCUGAGGGCAUUUCCACCUGAUGAGUAGAAGAACAAAUAAAAUUCAGAUUUUCAUCUUGCAACAUUUUCACAAAUUCAACCUCUGAACAAUUUGAGCUUUUUACAACAAACAAAAACAAUACCAAGCAUAUGUGAGCCCUAAGCCAGCGAGCAGAUCGACAUCCAAAGCUGUUUUUUGUCCCUCUCAAUUUGAAUAUUUCACACUCCUGUUUGUGCAACACUGUUUGACAUCUCAGGUGUAUUUCUUUUUGUCUCUCUCUGUUUAUUUAGUCUGUGCUUGUGCUGCCUGCCAAAUUACACCCUGCUGCCACUGAACACCGAGUCCUAAAGUUGUUGACACACCACAGUAUUUAUAAAAUGGUGAAAUUUCACUGUGGGGGAAAAAAAACUCAUCCCAAAAAUCAUUGGGUUAACUGUGGGUUUUCAGCAAAGCAAACAUAUCCUGUUUCUGCUGAGCUAAGCUGAUAGUUUAGGAAAUGACAAUAAGAGAGUUUGCUAGCACAAAGAGGGCUUCAGUAACUUCCUCAGGAGUCAUUUAAUCACAUGGUGUGUCAAGGUAAAGUUAAACUAUAAAAGAAAUCUGAACUGUAGAGAGUAGCAGGUGUGACUAAGCUAAUGGUUAUGUAGCUCAGCAACAACUUUAGUUCACAACCGGCUCUGCGAGCGUUUGACACCCACCUGCUUUUCAUGAGCGUCACUUUGUGCCGUGACCACAGAACCUUUUUAUCCUGCCAUUUUCUAAAAGUACAUCGUGUAGGAUUCAGCUGCAUUUUCUGAUGAAAGGAUUAUGUUUAAAUGAGUUUAUGUUAAAUGGAAUAUUAUGAUUGUUUUUGAAUCGUAAGAGUCGACUAUAAGGUGACGCCACACUAACAACUCAUGUCUUUUCUAUGACAGCAACACCACUUGUUGUCCUUUAAAGCUCCUAUGAGGAGUUUUUUGAUAUUUAUGAAAUAGACUGAGAUUUACGUUGAUGUCUUUUAAUGAUAUGCAGAAGCAAUCAAGUUCAUCAGAAACGACACUGAAGAGUUUUACAUCCUUAUUUAUAUUGUAUGAAACUGGUGUGAGGGGGUCGUUCCGAGUCUUGACGCUGAAGAAAAAUAUUCACAAUUAAGCAUACCUGUGACUUUCAAAACAUUCAGCAGGGUUAGAUUUCUCAUCAUAUAUUUACUUUAGCCUGUAGAUGAAAACAGAAGCAAAUAUUGCUUUGUCCACUGGGGGCAGCAAAACUGACACAAACAAAAAGUUCCUUACAGGAGCUUUAAUCAAGUACAGUUCACAGAGUUUUACCACAUUUAGUCACAUCUCAGCUUUUUGCAGUCUUUUCAGAGUCCUGAUACUUGGAUCAAUGUGGUGCUGAGGAGCCAAAACAAUAGAGACAUAUUGAAUAUUACAUUCCUCAUUUUGGCACAGGCAGCUGGUUACUCACCUUGAACCAAAACUAUGACUUUAUCACCAUGAUGACUUUAUUCUGGUAAUACUAAUUAAUUUUUUUGUGCCAAUGUGACUCAAAUUUCACAACUUUCUGACUUCAUUUACUCGUUGCUUUAUUCUCGUUAUAUGUAUAUAUUAUGAGAUAUGACAUAUAUUUUGAGUUAUGUACAUAAUAUGACUUAUGUACGUAUCUUUUUUAACUCCAAGUUUCUUUAUCCUUUAAUUUCUCUUUUUGUAUCUGUUCUAUGCUGCUGUAAUUUUGGAAUUUCCCCCGUGGAUCUAUGAAAGGAAUAUCUUAUCUUAUCUUAUGUAACCUUUAUCAGUGUAAUUUGUUAAUGUGUUACUAGAACGGUAACAAAAAUUCAUAAUUGAUGUCUCAGAAAUGAGCUAUAAACUAAUAUUAAACAGAUAAGAUAACCAAAAGCAUCGCCACCUCAUCCCUCUGAAACAGUUGAAUUACUUGCGUCUGCUGUGGACGAUUCCAUCUUUGUCACAUAAAUUGCUUCUGUUGUCUAAGUGACAGGAGAGGUCAGCAAAGAAGUGUUUGCUUUUACAAUUUUACCGAAAGAUUUCACUAAAUAUUCUCAUUCCACGGACUUUACCUUUCAUACCUAAGAAUCUUGGAUUUAUUUUCAACCAUUUUUUACUCAAUGGAAGUCGAGUAGCUACUCUGUUUUGUGUGCAGUGUUUGAUUUACUGUGAUGGAAAGUGAAAGAAAAAACAUUUCUUCAUUCCAAAUGGUCGAGGCUAUCAAUGUUAAAAUUAACCACAGCCUUUUUGAAAACCCUCAUUCGAUUUAGUUUUGAGAUUUAGUUUUGGUGCCACUUGAGGAAUUUUAAACUCUACAUCACUAAUGGGUUACCAGGAAGUUCCCAUUUUCUGUCCCCCUGGAUUUUAACAGCAGAUUGAGAUUUUCACAAUGUACGUGCACCAGCUGACAAGACCAGACACCUCCCACCUAUGUACAGAUUUGUAGGUACCCACAUAUCACAGCAUCAUCUGCAAAUUAACAUGUUCUAACAAAUUCAUUUUAGCCCAAAGCGUCAUAUUUAUUAUAGGAAAUAGCUUUGCAUGUAGUGCUCCAGUCUCGCAGCCCUCUUUGUACAAAGUGAUUUUAAGCCUUAGAGAGGGUCAAACUCGUGGUAUUUUUUACACGACUGAUAUUUUCUGAGCAGUUAAUAGACCAGGUUAAUCUUUUUUAGUAAGUAGAGGACUGAAAUGUCUCGUAUCUACAACCUCAUGGUAAAAAUGACAUUUUUAGCUCUGACAACAUACGGUGCUCAAGUUUUUUGCUUUCUAUCCAUUCCUCCUCCUGCAUCCUUCACUCACUCUGAUUCUGGCUCGGCAGUGACAACCUCAAGCUCAUCUCAUGCAUCAGCUGUCAAGGCAGGAUUCGUCACUGGUGGGGAGGAGGCUGAAAGAGUGCGAUAUCUCAGCGCCUGAACAUCUUGACUUGGAAUUUAUGCUGAUGAUGACUCCCGUUGCCCUCUGGCACUCCUUCUGUCGCCUCUUCGCCGGAGCGUACAGUCCUCCAACAUCACGGCGUGAUUAUGAUCUUGCUGUGGUCUACUGUCUCUCUCCAAUUCUGUUUCCAUCCUGCUCUCCUCGUGUCCUUGCUUUUGUUCAAAAGACUUCUAGGUCAAAAUUAUCUCAGAGAAAAUUUCAGCAAACUUCCUUUCCCUUUGUUUCUGCCAUUCAGCAAAGUUUACUGUCACGUCAGGGUAUGGAUUAGAAAGUAAUGGAUUCAUCAAUUUGAUCUGAGGAACAAUGGUUGUUGGGGCUUUGCUUGAAAGGUAAAAUAAAUUGGAGCAUCUCUUUUGUUCAGUCCCUUUUGUCCUGUGAUUGUAGUUUGAGAUUUUGUGGUAAAUGCUCGAUCACUUUUUUGUUAAAAGUUGAGAGGUUCAAUACCUUCCCCUCAUCUACAGACACGCUGCACUCAAUAGCUGACUAAUGCAGCAUCUCAUAACAAGUGGAAAAGAGGGAAACAACAAGCUAGUUGUUUAUUUUGACAUUAUUUUACGACUCACAAGAUAGUAAGUUGUAAAAUAUUGUCAGAAUAUUCCUUUAAAGUCCCUCUCUGAUCGUUUUUUUACUACUUAAAGUGUUCUUAGUGGUCUUUAAAUUGUGAUUAUGAAGUUUUUACCAAAAAUCGUGUUACCUGUCUCAUUUUCAAGGGCUUUUCUUCUCAUUAACAAUUCACCUCUGAGUCGCGGGCGGAGACAGCGCUGCUCCGCACACUUGUCUUCACGCUAGCUUGCAGCCUAACGUUGCCGGUGUCGUAGUAUCGUCGUAAUAUCACAAUUAACUUUCUUACGAGCAUUGCAAUCCGCUAACGUACCUGCUUGUUCUGCAACGUCCUCUGUACUUUUCUUGAAUUGGUUACAUAUGAAAUCAAACUGUUUCUGAACCUGCUGCUUGGGUCACAUUGAUUUGAUUAAAGAAAAACUCAGAAAAGCAAUUUCGCAUUUAGUUUUCUCAUAAUAUGUCCUGCAGCAUCAGAAGAAUGCCCUAUAAACAUAUUAAAAAAGAAAGACAUGAUUUUCAUCGGAGUGGAUCUUAAAGCUGAAAAAUGUGUCAUUCUGAGUUUUGGCACAAAUUCUGAGGAACAUUCAGGGUCCCAGGGUUUUAAUGUCCUCUUAAGCCUCUGCUCUCCUUUUUCUCCUCUUCCUCAGAAUCCUGCAGCCAGAUAUGGGGAAGAAGUCCAAGUACAAGACUUCAGUGAAGAAAAAGACUCUCAACCCGGAAUUCAAUGAGGUACAACCAGUUCCCUACUCCAGAAAUAACCAUGGCUCAUCAAGCCACGACUUUACAGCGCUCCAAAUGACGGGCUGUACUCUAUGUAAUGUUUAAAGCAGCAUGGCGUCUCAAGGCACCCUUCUUUAAAUGACUACAUAUUUCCUUGAGUGCGAGAAUUCACUGAAUUACACGUUCACUUCCUCUCCUGGUGUGUAUGAAUCAUUGAUAUAAAUAUCCUCUUGUGUUCUGCACCUGCACAGGAGUUUUCAUACGAAGUAACCUUGGACCAGCUGGCGAAGAAAACCCUGGAGAUCUCCGUGUGGGACUACGACUUGGGAAUGAGCAACGACUUCAUAGGUAGGCUUGAAGAAAAACAAGGAGGUGUGGAGGGGAGGAGCGGAAAAAGAAAGCGGCAGUGGGAAAGUAGAUGACUGUACAAGAGUGUCCGAAUGAAAGUGACGCAAUUUCUGAAGGAAUAAAAAAAACCAGAGGCUUAGUGUGGGCUGAGAGAAGAGUGGAGAAGAAAAUGGGGGGAGAUGAGGGGUAAUUACGGGGGAUGCAGUAGAAAGACUGAGAGUUGGAGUGGAAAAGGAAACGGGAGGGCUUAAGAUAUCAAAAGAAGGACUUUCUCUCUGGAUCUCCAUCUUUCAUGGACUUGGCACAUCAGAUAGCCGGUGCUUCAUCAGGCUGCAGAACAGCUUUAGCAUGGCGUAGUAGUGUGUACACAGCAAUAUGCACACGUGGGAGUUCAGGGAGUGAUGGGGGAGUAGAGGGGAGGAACAGUGAGAACGGAUUACCACCCUGUGAGCUUGAAGGCCUUCAGAUCAAAGGAUUUUACUCCAUCAAAUGUACGUGUGUGUGAGAGGCAGUGGGUGGGAGGCACCCAGUGUUUAGAUAAGCCCAGUGAGUUAUUAGACCUGCUGGGAGAAAGGCCAUCAGUCUCACAUACAGCUUCUCAGAUAACAGCCGUUCCCCUGACCAUUAUCAUUACAGGUUUAGCCACGUCAACCUCCCAGCUAAUUGGCGCUGAGAGAAAAAUGACACGGAGAACCAAGAAGAAUGGAGAAAACGGAGUUGAUAAAGAGGCCGAGUGGACAGAGGAGCGGUGCGCUAUUGUAAGAGUGAGAGCAAUAACAAGCAGGCUAAUAGGCUUAGCAGAAGAUAUAGAGGAUGUCACACAGUAAAAGGUGAAAUUUCAGGGAUACGCGGAGGAGAAAACUGAACGGUGAGAGAAUAAAUGUGAAGGCCAAAGUACACGGAAAAAAGACAGGCGAUCAAUCAAGAGGAUGACUUGUUGGAGGAAUCGAUACAAAAGGAGUGAUGGGAAAUUUCAUCUUCAUCUAGAACUAAAUCUACACAACAGGUAUAAAAAUGUUGCGUCGUACAUUAUCGAUGUCUAUAUCGCCGUACAGAAAGACUAUAAUUUUUUCAGAAGGUUCGACACAUCUGCCAGAGAAAGAAACGCGCACGAGGCUCCAAAAGCGUGGAAACAAAUGGCUCCAAUAUCAAAUAAGAGGUGAUCCAAUACAUCAGACCUUUGAAACUCUCGAUACUGAGGCGCUGUCGUACUUAAACUUUCAACACUUCAUACAUAAUCCUUUUGAAAUUCAGUGAUGGGGUUUAAAUUAUGCUCAUUCAGUUACAGUGGAGUUGAUAGUUUCACAGCCUUUUCCAGUCGUUUGCUGUUGUCUUUAGAGAUGUUCGUCAGGGAGGAUCUUUUGAGGCUCGUGUUUAAUUUUAUUCAGGAAUUCAAGUAUCCGCCUCAGAAACACCUCAGUUUUAAAAUUAAACUCUUAUCAUAUUGGUGCUUUGUGUUUAUAAACAGCUAAGAUUUUAACUGAAGCAAGCAGUUUUAGGUCCUGCUUCUUUAAAGCUCCAGUGAGGAACUUUCUGUCAGUGUUGAAUUUGGCGCUCCUUGUGGACAAAGUGAUAUUUCUUAUCUACUGUUACUGCAACAAGAUAUGUUUUCAGAUCUUGUCUUUUAACUCAUUCAGUGCCAGGUUCAUGUAUGCAAUUUUCACCCAGUGCCACCAUUGACCACAAUAGAAAUUUCCGUAUCUUUCAGGACCCACAGAAUAUCCUGAGCUUGGACUAGAAUUAAGUGCAAUAUCUCAAAAAAAAGGGGUGAUUCUCUUCUUUCACCCAAAAAAAAAAAGUUAAUCUCUAACCCACUCCUGUGUUCAUAUUAUCUUUGCCGAUCUGAAAAAAUAAAUCUGGGAAAAACACAUUUUUAUGACGGAGAGACUUUCAAGCAGAAGUCUGAUCGUCUAUUUUAUUUCACUUUAAACUACUUUACCGGUGGCAUCAAGAUCAUUCCUCCUCGGACACUGCUCCUCAUCACUCUCGAGAUCCGAUUGUGAUAGGUCACUUUGUGAUAGCUGAGAGUCGUAUUGGCCUCUUGAGAACCUGACGCCGGGACUUCUUGCGCCGUCGUCGCCAGGACUGUCGCUGAAUUCCAGCUCAGUCUUGCUCACCAGUACCGGCACCGGCAGCAUAACGACACACCGGAAAAUUAUUUCUUUGAUUGCCUCCUGAUGAUGUGAGGGUCCGGUACUGAAAUCUCCACUGGAUACAGAGACGGUAGCACCGCGCCCAUGGGAACCAAUGCGCCCAGACCGUUAGCUCUUGGCUAAUGACACUUGAUGGCACGCUUCUCACUGGCGAGUACUUGUUUUUGUUAUUGUAACAUGGUUAUGAUGUAUUUGUCGGCUUUCCUGCGUUCAGAACGACCCCAAACUUAGUCCCAUGUUGGGAGGGAGCGCCCUCUGGUGGAAAACAAAAAAACUGAAAAAUCUGUCAAAAUCAGACAAUGGCACUGAAUGAGUUAACAGUCAAGUUUUUUUUUUGUUUUUUUUUUUUGUAAUUUGCUAAAAACUUUUACCUAACUUGUACCUUUACCCCUACACAGUGAUUGCAACCAUUCAAAUUUCCAGCAAGGAAAUCUAAAUUUUUUUAUUUUUUUUUGAUAGCUUUGUAGUUCAUUAAAAGGCAUCAUGGUUUAAUAACCAGAUAAAAAUUCCUCACAGGAGCUUUAAAUGAUCCAGAAAGCUCUCAAAGUUCUCAUCAGCCUGUUCACUGAAAGCCCAACAAAGGGGCAGCAGCAGCAGCAUCAGGCGACUGUUUACCUCCUUAACUUCUGUGAGCUCUGCUUGGACUAGAAACUUGAAAGUAUUCUUGAGAAAACAUAUUUAAAACCUCUCAGACAUAUUGAGCACACUGCGUUCUGCUGUGCCUGCAGACGAGGACUUCAGAAAGACGUCCAAGACCAGCAGAAAGAAGAAUAAAUGAAAACCUCGUAUUCAAAUCAGUCUAAACCCUGAGCCUCUGAAGCAUGAGGUUUCAGUACAGUAUACGACGUUCACCGUGUGUAAAACUCUGGCUUCAUAUCAAAACAUCAGAACAGGUUGUGACUAGUAUUUUAGCGUAUUUGGCGCCUUUUUGAAAUCAUUUUGAUUACAUUGAAGAUAGUGGAGAGGCUCCGGUGCUGUUUGGUUGCUGAGGGAGCUCUUUCUGUCAAACAUACUGAGUCCUCUUGUUCUACAAUGCAGCUGAAUACCUGAUAAAUAAAAACAACCUUUUUUUUCUCUCUGUGAAGCAGAGGACAAUCUCAUAAAGGAUUAAAAUAAGAUGAUCAAACGCCUGCAACUAUUUGUGUCUAGCCAGCAUCCACGUCAGGCAUGUCCUCAUCUGUGUCUCCUUCCUCGGCUCUACUUCCUUACCUUCUUCCUUUCCUUCCUCCUUUCACAUGUCAGGGUGGCAGACUGUUUAUUCGUCACUGACAGCUCACAGGCUCAGAGAACACGCCAUCGAUCACCAUUUCGGAGGUGAUGGGGGUUUUGUGGGGGCGGGAGUCGAGGUGACUAAGUGUUGCGCGUGAUUAUCCUAUCGGAACUGGUUUUAACCUGCACAUUCAGCUGUGUGUGUGUGUGUGUGUCUGUGUGUGAGAGGAAAGAGAAUGAGCGUACAGGGUAGAAAUCACUCACAGGCAGCUCCUCCUUUCCCGGCAGCAGCAUCUCAGGCGGCGUUCGAUGCCGAGCGCUGAUGAGACGCAGAUCAACAAUCAAGCCUUGUUUUCCUUGCGGCUGUCAUUUUGCAAGGCGCUGAUAUAAGGCAGCAUUGCCAAAAGUCUGUGUUUAAAACUUCACGCUCCAUUGACUGUGCAAUCACGGCCAAGAGAAUGGCUCUGUAAUAACCUCGGCGUGACGACUGCCCGCAUCUCUCUAUCGUACAGUCUCCACCAAAGCCUCCAUCACCUCAGCUCACUUUCACCUGAGUCAUUUCCUGCUUUUCUGCAUAUUUAUUCUCUCCUUGCCCUUUCAAUAAAUCUCGCCUUAUCUUAAUCUCUCUUUCUUGUAAUUCCCCCGCUGCUUGUCUAUUUCUUUUCCUCCCUGCCUGGAGGAGUGUGUCUCAAAUAUCUGGCGGCUUCCUUUGGUGCCUGUCUGUCUGCCAGUCAAGAAAUUAUCAUCUUUACUUGCCUGAAUUUUGAUGCAAGUUAUUAUUUUGGCUCUGUUAAAUGUCUGUUAAUAUCACAUUUAAGCAAACUAAGUGUCUGCAUAACAAUCUUUGUUACUUUGUCUCUUGCAACUCAUGUAUCAGUCAGCUUUAUUCAGAUUUUCAGCAUUUUUUUUAACAUGAAAUCCUGCUCAAAACUUUUGCGAGUCACAAAACAUUUUAGUUUUUUCCCCCUCACCUAAUUUUGUGCAACAGCUUUUGUUACUAGUUGUACAUCCGGAGGAGACCGCACUUCUCUAGCGUGUAAAACCAAAUGAAAGUGGGUCCCGUUCAGCACCGAACAGCAGAUAAACACAAUGAAGGGCUGUAGCUGAGGAAAGUGGUGAAGCAUUCAGCUGCUGAAGAGCCAAAUAUUUCCUCUGAGAGUUUGUAGCAAUCAAAAACAGUGCUUAAAGAGAGCGACUAAUGGACUCACAUUCGUCAGGUUUUCACAGAUGGGACUCUAACUGAAUGGCAAUGUUGUUCCACAACUGCUUGAUAUGCAAACUACCUUUCGACUAGUUUAAAGGCUGUUUUGUGCUCCCAAGUGAUCGAAAAAUCGAAUUAUUCUUGUUUGAGGAGCCAAAAAGGCAUAAGUAAUCCAUUCAAAAUGUUGAAAUGCAUCACUCAGAGAGACUUCUACAAGAGCAGCUAAAAAAGGAAAUGUCCUGAAAAAGUUCAUUUUUCCUAAUAACUUUCUAAAAACCAAGCCUUUUUUGCUGGAAAUGCAUGUAAAAUGAGGACAUCUAUGUAACUACAAGGUCUACUAGAGGAAAUGUACAACCAUGUUUUGGCCAAGCAGUGUCUGUGUUUGCUGGACUUUGGUUGUUUUUGGCUUCUUUCUCUGCCAUGCUUCUGUGUAGCCGUGGAUGCUUUGUAUCUUGACAUGAGCAGCAGCUGAUGCGUUUUGGAUGAUGUAAAGUUGUAUACGAGCCAGAAAUGUGGCGACUGGGUCCACACAGAGGUGCUUCAUAAAGUUUGAUGUUUAGUUGUUUAUUUGAGUAGUGUCAGGACUGUGUUUUGGUCAUAUAAACAUGUUUUUUACACGUUGUAGGCCAGCUUCUGCUGUUUAAUUUGACAUAUUACAUGAGUAUUACAUAUUCUUUCAGAAAUAGCACAGUGGUAGCUCUGCGAUUUUUCUGCAUUAGCUAGGGUCCCCUGAUUUUAGAAGGAUAAGUGAAUACAAAGAGUGAAACCUCCAUAUAUUCUAGAUUCAUCCCACACAAAGACGUUUUCAGUUUGAAUCCUCAUGAGUACUGCUUACAGUUCAAGAAAAUCAAGUAUCCAGUAUCUCAAAACAUUUGAGUAUUGUGGAAAAGUCCAGUCACCUCACAGCAAGAGGGUCCUCGGUUCAAAUCCGGGUCUGGGCGUUUCUGUGUGGAGUUUGCAUGUACUCUUUGUGUCUGCGUGGGUUUACUCUGGGUACUCCGGUUUCCUCCCACAUCCCAAAAACACGCCUAAGUGAGGUUAGGUUAAUUGGCCGCUUUCAAAUUGCCCGUAGGUGUGAAUGUGAGUGUGGAUGGUUGUUCGUCUCUAUAUGUCAGCCCUGCGAUGAACUGGCGACUUGUCCAGGGUGUCACCUGCCUUCGCCCAAAGAUGCUGGGAUAGGCUACAGAAUAUAUUACACAGAAUAUAAAUUUUUCUCCCCCCUGCCUGCGAUGUUGACAUGUAGUAACUGUAAGACUGGUUUGUGCUCAAGUCUUCUUUUUUCCGUACAGCUCCAUUUUUAAAAGUUAUUAGGGAGUUCAUGUUUUCUAUGAUUGACACUUGAUACAGCCAAUGGGUGUACGAAGAUUGCGUAGCUCACCUGGGGAUACGCUGUUUGAGCCAAGAGUCAUGACAGCGACUCUCCUGCCAAAUGCGUACAACGCUACUGCACAUUGUUGGUUUCAGGAAGUGGAGAAAAAUUGCGUAAAUACGAAUAAGAACUUUUUGGCUUCAAAUCUGUAUACUGGCGGGAGGCGGAACCAAGUUGUCCACAGUAUAUACAGUCUAUCAAAACAACCUGGACCUCCAUUAACACCCUAGCAGAGCCACAGACUGAUUUCCUCCACGCAACAUUAUAUUGAUGCAGUAAUUCAUGCAAAAGGAGCUCAGACCAAGUACUCAAGGCAUAAAUUAGCAUAAUAUCCCAUAAAGUUGACAUUUUGGUGUUAUAAAUCUUUUUUUUCUUUUUUUAUUGAGUGAGAUUUUGUGAGCAGUAAGUUGUAAUCGCCAAGAUUCAAACAAAAGAAAUAGACUAUACGGAAAUUUCACUUUUUAAAUUGAAUUACAGGGGAAAUAAAUGAACUUUUUGGGGACAUUCAGAUUUUUUAAGCUGCACUUGUAUUUUCUUUUCAUUGCUACCAUGAAUUAAACAUCUGUCUCAUUUACCUCUCUCCUAUAUCACUUUCUUACUCCUCUUUCUUUUCGCCUUCCCUGUCUGUUUGCAGGCGGAGUUGAGCUGGGCAUCAAUGCGAGCGGACAGAGACUCAAACACUGGUUCGAGUGUCUCAAAAACAAAGGGAAGAAAGUGGAGUUCUGGCAUACGCUCACACAGCAAGGAGCCCCGAGCAGUGACAAACCGGACUAGAUAACACUAGCCGCUCAUGCAUAGAAACACACACAAACAACACACUUGUCUAACUGAAGGUUGGUUGACAAAAGAGAUCAAACAAGGCCAGGAUUUAAAAAUGCAAUAAUAAUGAUGUUUAAAAAAAAAACGACGUCCCUCAUUGACACCAAUACAAGUAUUAGUAUAUGAUAUUCAUACUAAUAUUAGUGAUGGUAAUAAUGUGUAAGCUGAAUACAUUUUUUAAAAUGUAUUUUUUUCUAAAGGUGAACCAAAUUGUGACUAUGUCCUCAUUAAAGUGUUGACGUAACGAAACAGUACUCACGAAAAUUGUGCUUUAGACCUCACUGUAUUGUGGAAGUGGCUCAUACUCUGUCGUUCAAAUUUACCCUCGACGAAGGCAUUUGAGAUUAAUGUCCUCAAAUUUAUUCAGCGAAAGGGGCCAAAAGUGUGUGUGCAUAAGUACAAGUGACUCAUGAUGUGGUGUAUAGUUACAGAAAUGAGGGUGAUUGUGUUGUAAGAAGUCUCUAACUUAGUGGUUGUUAAUCUGAUGCAAAACAACACACCGUCUUAUAAAGCACAAAAGAUCCAUUUGGUGGAUUUGUACCUUUACCGUUUCAGUGUUCUUGUUCUUAUGUCUCAUUGUCUUUCAGUGACAGUGGCUUUCUACACACCUCCAUAUCAAACAUUGAAAUGUUAGUGUGCCUGUGUGUGUGUGUUUAUGUGUGUGUGAGGGCUAUGAGAAUGAGUGCCUACAUUUUCUGUCUGUUUUGUGUCUGUAUGUCCGUCUGGAUUUACGCCAUGUCCCAUUCGGAAUGUUUCCGUCAAACUGCAGAAGCACAGAGGUGUGAAGAAAUGAUAACAAAGGACAAGAGAGACCAAAACUGGAGAGAAAUCCUCCUCAGUCUCCACCACAGACAACACCGCAGGGGUGUGGGUGUUCCCGACUGCAGGACUCUGUGAAGCUGUCAAUUGUACGUCCCAGACCUUUACCACCUUUCUCCCUCAGAGCCAGAAACUUCCAGAAUUGAAUACAUCCUGCUAAAUAACCCCUGACCACUCUUUUUGACUCUCCCUGAUGAAAAAGUUGUGUUGGCGGCAGGCAGAUCGGAUAUUACUUUUUCGAGAUUCUGCUUGUACCUUUACCCUCCGAGCAGUUUUUUUUUCUUCUUUUGUGGCUCCAAUUCGUCCUCAGCAGAGUCAUCAAUGAUGCAAUGGUCCUCCCUGUGGAGCAAUAUCAAAGCAGUUUUGGAUGCUGCAGCGUUCGAUUGGUCCUGCUGUCUGAUUUAGAGACCUAGGCUAGAGCAUGUUAAUCUCCCCUAACUCACUUUACUCACUCCUUCAGACAUGUUAAAAAGAAAACACUUCCACAGUUUGAUAAGGCCACACAGGGAUCAGGAUCUAUUCACGUAACCUGGUUAAAAUCAUAUGUAAAGUUGUUGUAGGUUAACAGCAGCUCACAGAGAGGGAUGCUAAAGUAAUCCUAUUCAAACAGUGGCCAUGUUUAGACGGUACAACGCUCUAAUGUUAUUUGGAAGUCUUAUGAAUGUAGUGUAUUUGACAAUUAUUAUUGUGUCAUUAGCCACUAAUGAGCAACUGAAAAGAAAGACGAUGUGUAAUGGGAAUGAAGAGCGAGAUCUGCCCGUGUUUCAAAGUAAACAACCCUUUAGCUUCCACAGCUACAACAGCUCAAGAUUGUAUUCACACAUUUCCUAGCUUACAGCUUGUUUACAUUCAGUUACAGAGUAAAAUUAUGUGUUUAUAGGAAUUGAUUCCUUUCCUGAUAUAUUUUGUGACACAGCCAAAGACUAAAAUUUGGGCUCAGUUACUUCCUAGUUCGCUGUAAUUUUGGUUUUACUUCAGCUAAACAGCCAGUUUAAAAUCGCAGCAUUUCAUUUAAAUCAUUUCUGCCUAAUGACCGUUCAGUUCCUGACCACUGUCGAAGUCGAUAACUGUAUUAAACUGUCAGAUAGCUAUUUUACAGAAAACUAGAACAGUCAUGGGUUUUUCUCCUUUUUAUGCACUUUUAUCUCCUGAUAACGACAACAAAGAUAGUAUUUUCAUGAUAACAAAUUAUUUUAUUUUCAUUAUCUCGACAUUACAAAGAUCAUAUUCUCGUGAUAACAAAUUAAUUUAUAAUGUGUCCGCCAUAGUUACUGUUGUUGUCCAAUUCGCACAUGACAGUUAAAUGUUCCCACGUCGUAAUGCGCUUGCGCAAAGUGCAGCGUGACGUCAGCGUUUUCAUUGAAAACCCUGCUAGAACGCCAUUUCUGUUAUCACAAGAAAACAAUCUUUAUGCUGAAAUAACAAAAUUACUGGUUCUCACGAGAAAACAGUGCAUAAAAAAAGAAAAAUCUACGUCUGUUCUCGUCUCCUGUACUAUUUGUCUGUAUUUCGGAAUUUUAAAAAAUAUGAUUACCGAUUUUUUCCAACCCCUCCAUUGAUGAAAGUUUGUCAGCACUCAGUAUUAUGUCAGAUAAAGAGUUGUAAUUUUUAUAUGUCUUGUAAUGAUAACUUAUAGUAAUUUUGGCUCCUGUCCACUCACUAGUUUACAGUAAUAUCUAUGAGUAAGUGGCUGAGCGCUAAUAUUGGCUGUUCUCUGACCACAGCGACAAAAACAAUAAGGGGAAAAUGGCCACUGCAUGAAUAUGAUAAAUGUAAAGCACCUGUCUGCUCUGUCCUCAGGAGGUACAAAGGGGGUUACACCCUGCAUGUAGAAAAGUGACCGCAGGCGCAGUGAAUAAUAACUAGAGGCCAGGAUCCAGUCAACAUAAAAACCUUCACUACAUUGUAAACGUAAUCUGCAUGUGUCAGUUGUGCACAUCUCUACAUGUUGAAGAUGAUCAUAGCUAAGACUUUCACUGAGUUGUCUAAAUAACAGCCAGGAUAUCAGUUUUAAUCGGCCAUUAAUUCCUCACUCUGGUACUGGCAGCGUGUAGGUACAUGCGAGCACACCCACAGUCAGUCAGUCAGUCAGUAGCCUCUGGGAGUUUUCUAACUGUUGAAUCGAUCUGGCUGCUCAUAUUCUUGGUGUCCUUCAACAACCUUGUGUCUCAUCAUUGACUGCAAAAAAUGGAUCCUUCAGUGGUGAAUUAGGUUACAAAUAAAAAGGGCUUGAGCAUUAUCAGAGUUGGGACUAAUUGUUGUGCAAUGACAGGAAACUUCAAACACAUUUUCAGUUUGAUUUUUUUUUUUUUUUUUUUUAAAGGAUGCUGAUAUUAUUCUGUACUUUUUCUAUGCACAUUGAAACACCCAGUGCGUCAGCAGCCAGAUAAUCAAACCAAAACAAAAACAUGAUUGUGUUAUCCCAGCAUUAUAGAUGCAUUUCUGGGAAUACUCAGUACUUUGAUUGGGGCUGUGCUGGGUGACAGUGAUCUAAUAGAGUUCACAUUCUUGGCUUGAGGGUUGCUUAUUCCCGUCUGUGGGUCUGUUGGUUCUGUUUACAGUCACUAAAUUUUCUGACUAUUGUCUAAUGAUCCCACUUUGCUUGUGUAAUUCUUUAUCUGCACUAUAGCUGCAUGUUUAGCAAACACAAGCAAUCACUAUCAGCUUGUGUAACAGAGCGCCUUAGCAAGUUGUUCUGAAUGUGGAUGUGUUUACAGUCUAUGCCAUCCAUUCAGUCUUAGUGUAUAUUGUUUGAGAAUACAAAAAUUCAGGGUACUUUUUGCUUAAUCGCUUCGCUUGACCAAGUAGGCUGUUGAUUUCUAAAAAGCAAAACCUUUACUGUUACGGACUUUGACACUCGUCUUCCUACAGUGAUAUGGCUGGUAAUGAUGCAGGAGGGCAGGGACGAAUGAGAUGGGAAGUCAUUACUGCAGUUCCUGUGUAUUCACUGUCGAUGUCAAUCAUACAGUAUGGCUGCCAUCCUGUGGUGGGUUUGUGUAAUUACUUCAAAAAAUAAACUGAAGUUAUUUCAGUGGA